AUGGAGCAACAUUCGGAUAAGCAGAUACCCUGUGAGGUCCGCAGGUUUGUCCGUGAACGGCAAAAUAUCAUCACAGAUGUGUCAAACCCAAGUGAAUUGAUCGAACCUUUGAGCGACGUAGUCGAGCUUUUUCUGCGAGGGUCUCUGCAACCCGCGAAAGUUCCUCUUGAAAAACGAGCGUUCCUGAAGGCUGAGUUUGUAAACAACCACUUUGUGAGGUUCGCUGAAUGUAUUCUUUCUUCGCCAGUGAUUGGAUUUUACAGUGGUUUCAGCGAAGAACAGAAAAGGGAGCUGUUUGAUGUGUUUUUCCUCCGUGGACCCUCUCACGAUAGUUUACUUGUUUUAGGGGAAGUACUUUCUAAGAAAACCACCAAUCAUAAAAACACUAAAGUGGUAGUCUCCAUCUUAGAGAAGUUUUGCACUGAAGGAAGGUUGGUUGACAUUUUUGUACAGCAAUGCCAGGUGUCUAGGUCUUCGGGAAGUGCGUCUUUAAAAUUCAGUCAAUCUGAAUUUGAAAACAAGUUAUGGAGACAGCUUAUCACCAUAAUGGUUUCCCUUCCUCAGAGAGUGGCAAACAAGAUGAGACAGAAGUGUAGCUCACUGUUUUACCCAGAGCCAUACUUUAAAAUGGUUGCUGAGCAGAUUCUCAAGGCACUAGAAAAACUGCAUGACAACCUGUCAAUGUCAUACGAUUGCUCAUUCAAGUUCCUUGGAGAGGUGAUUGGGAGAGUUUGUAUGGCAGGACAAGCAGAGACUACAUUUGCCAUUUUGUUACCAGCACUGGAGAAGUGGCUGCAGACAAGUCCACUUUGGAAUAGAAUUUGUGCAAGACUAAUUACUGGUGUCCCGGACCACACCAUGGAACAUGUUGCAGAAGGACUUCUCAAGUCAGCUAAGAACCCCAUGUUAAUAGCCAAGUUACUUGGUGACUCAGUUCUCACCAGCUCUAAACUCAAGUACCUGCUUACUACCAAGUUUCUGUUGAUGAGGUUCUAUUCUAACAUCAAUGUACUUCACAACAUUAUUGGAUAUUUAUCAGGUUGUAAGGGCAGGCAUUUGUUAGUGGAAACGCUCCUGAAACUCUUUGAUGUAUGGGCUGAUAAAAGUGCGAUUAAACAUGCAACGUAUGAUCAGCAUUUUUACAUCACUUGUGCUGUUGUUCUUUCGUUCAGUCAUUUGAGUGCAGAAGAGAAGGCAUUGCAAAAGCAUGCUUUACUUACAAAGUUGUUGGUCGGUGUGCAAAGUCAUCUGGACAGCCCCUUGGAAAAGGUACGACGUCUUGGAAUGGUGGUUGCAGAAUGUGUCACGUCUAGUCUUGAACCCAGUGGGGAGAAACUCAAGUUUGAUUAUGCCGAAGAUGAUGACACUAAACUAUUACAUUUGUUAGCAAAAGGCUUGCAGGAGGGGAUGGACAUGGGAAGGGUGAAGACUGGGAAGAGUUGGAAAGAAUGUAAUGGCAAUCCAGAGAAAAACAAAGAAACAGAAACAAAUGGGAUUUCAAAUCCAGAACAUGCCAGUUCUUCCCAAAAGAGUGCCCCUCAGAAUGAUGGUGGUGUCAGUGAUGAUGACAAUGAGUUGUUGCCAUAUGACCUUGAUGAUGAAGAGGAAAGGGAUAGCAACCCCUAUCCUCCUAAGCAUUUACGCGACUGCAUAGAUGGCCUUAUAGCAUCAGAUGAUCCUCCUAAGACAGAAGGGUCCCUUAAAGCCUUACAGAAGCUCAUUAAUGCUGGCUUAGAUGAUCUUCAAGAUGUUAGUGUAGAAUUGGUAAAAUUGCUGCUUCAUCUUCAGGACAAAUACUCCACAGAUAAGUUUUGUGAGCUUCGUCACAAUGCUAUGGUAUCAGUUACCAUCAGGUGUCCUCAGCAAAUUGCAUGUUAUUUGACAGAAGAAUUUUUUGCUCCUAACUACAAUCUGUCUCAACGCAUGGACAUGUUAAAUGUUCUUGCUGAUGCUGCACAACAACUCUCAGCUCCAGCAGAAGUUGCUAGGAUGAGAGCAGUGCCAAGAAAGUUUCCAUUAACUCAAGCAGCCUCUGCUAAAACAGCAGAAGGUAUUCCAGAGUGGCAGAAGAUUGUACAAGAGAGGAUAAACAGUAAAACAAAAAGGUUUGUCAAUGGGCCAAGCAAACCGCAGCCUAAAGCUGUUGCUAAUAAGUUUGCUGGUGUUGCUGGUUUCUUCUUUUUUCCUCUGAUGAAAAACUUUGACAGUAAGGUGAACACAUUAGAUCUUUUGGGUGGAGAUACUCUUGUCCUUGGACGUCUUAUUUAUACCCUUGGAAUAAUCAUGUACUCUGCCCGGGAAACGCCUAUCGCAAGAAACAUGGGAACAGCACUGUUAGAAUUUACCUGGGCAUUAAAAUAUCAUCAAGAGCCAUUUGUGCGACAGUCACUGAUCUUUGCUCAGGCCAUGGUUGCAGUUUCUGUUCCAUCUUCAUCUUUGGUGAAUGAUGCCCCUGGGGAACUGUUUGAGCUUCAUGACUGGUUGAAGAUGAUUGUUCAGAAUGACAGUGAUACUGACAGUGUAAAGUCUGCUUUACAGACACUUGUUUUGUUAGAAGAUCUUUUCAAGAAUGAAGUGAUUGUUCAUGGCUGAUCCUGUUGACAUUGAUUUGGGUUUUUUUAAUGAAGAUUGUAUAAAUUACUGUUUGUUCUGAUACAAUAAUAUUAUAUUCUUGGUUCAAAUCUUUUGCCCUUUGUUCCUGGCUCAUUAUCGUAUGUUACCAUUCCAAAGCACAAAGGAAAAUAACAUUUUAAACCAUUAUUACCCAGUGGUCUAAAAAUUAUACCACAACAAAUUCUCUACAUUCUUUGAAUGAAUUAUGCAAAGAGAUACCAUCGGUGAACCAUUGUUGUUAGCUUGGAGGUGGGAUGAUUUUACACAGUGUAAACAUAUCUUGAUAGACAACUGUUGACCUGUAUUCACUUUUCAUCUGGGUUACCAUUUACUGUUGGAGGUAAGUUAGGUAUAAGAACGAACUGGAGAAUGUUCACAAAUUCCAUUUUAUGUUCCGUGUCAUUGUUUUGAAGAGAACUGUAACAAAGUGUCAUUCUGACAUGUGCAAUACAUACAGAGAAAAAUAUAUAUUUUUUAUUAUUUUGCUCUGUUUACCCUUUCUUGGAGGAUCAAGGGAAAAAAAUUUACAGAAAUUUAAUAAAAAUUAAAUUACCAGGGGCACCCAAUGAGAAUAUAGUUCAAAACCACUUAAACAUAGUAUUGUUAAACGUAUUUUAGUAUUUAAACGGUAGAUAAAGGCAUAUUUUUAUCCCCUAAAAAUUUUUCAUCUGUUCGGAUUUCCUAGCUGAAAGUCUAGUGAUCCGAAAAUUAUAGGGAUCAAAACUUGCCUUUUCGAAAAUUUCAGCCAGAAAAAAGGCUCCCGAAAAUUCUAGGUGACCUUUUUAGGGUAACAAUCCGUUAAAAAUAGGCAAUUAUACCAUUUUUUUAUAUGUUCGAAAAUCCUAGGAGAGGCAGGCAAGCAAGAAAUUUUACAACAAAUGUUCCGAAAAUUCUAGAUCUCAAAUCGUCUUCGGAAGAGAUAUUUUUCCGAAAAUUGUCGUUGGGUGCCCCUGAAUUACUUUGGAUCAAAGUUUGGUCUUGAGUUUUUUUUUGUUUGAAGAGGUGUCUGGAAUGAAGCCCAAGUGACAUCUGCUAAAGUGCUAUAUCCUACUUCCAGUUUUUCUUGUAUAUGAUUGUGAAUCAGCUGUAUUCUGUAUAUUACCUCAGCAAUGACUUACAAUAGGGGCCUUAUUUCCUGCAUCCCUUCAAUUUUGGGAACAACUUAAGAGGAGUCAACAGAACCUUGAUCAGAUAGGAUUGGAUUAACCCCUGUAACUCACUUAAUGACGAAAGGUUAGGGAUAGGGUCACAGGAUGGAGUUAAUUCAGUGAGGUCUGAUCCAGGUUUUGUCAUUCUGAUUCAACUUAGAUGGGUCAGUAAAAAAUCAUAUCCAAGUAUUCUUGAUUAUUUUCUUUGGAAUCCUACCUAAACUUGCGUGCAUGACAGGCACUAUUUAGCUGAGCAUCAGAGAUGCGCAUACCUGGUUUUCACUAGCACAUAAGCAUACGGACAUACACACACAGAGAAUGGCAUAUUUGACUCAAUUCUGGAUACCAGCUCUCCUCAACCCAAUGAUAAACAAGGUGGCGGAUGAAGACGAUGUCCUUGUGCUUAUGUUAACCCCGUUCUCACUAAUCAAAGCUACAACAUAAGCAUUAGAAUGAACAUGUCCAUUCUUCUUGUGCUUAUGUCGCCAGUGUUCUCACUUGCUUACACAUGUGCUUGUGCUUAUGCUUAAGCGCUAGUGAAAACCAGGCUUUAGGCACAAAGCAGGAGAGACAAGCAAAGAAUAAUGGACUGUCUCCUCCUUCAUGGUUGGUGAAAUAAUUCCUGUCAUGCAGGCUCCCUGUUCCCCCUCAGUCCCUCAACCCAACAAAUUUGAGGUUUAGCUGGGUUUCUUUCCUUUGUCACUCUCUGAAUAUUUGAUAAAACAAGAAUAUCCUUCUUUCUCUUUGUUGAAAGGAUUAAAUUCUGAGAUAAUCGUUUUUUUGAACUAGCAUUCCAUCCAUCCUUUAAUUGAAAAAUUUGACUAGACACGUCAUCCACACAGGACCGUACAAUACUUUUGCUCUGUGAACAGCUAGGUGUCUAAAUUUUUGUACGGUAAGGUGUGAACAUAGCCUAAGUCACAUUGUUAACCCUUUGAGUCACAAUAGUGACCAACAUCAAUUUUCUCCUAACAAUGUCCAUAUGUUGUCAAGAGAAAUGAUUAUGAGAGUCAAUAAAAUGGUCACUAAAGAGAAAAUGCUUUGAUCUGUUAUCAAAUUCUCUCAACUAAUUCUUUAAGGAAAUGUAUGGAGAUCAGUUUGGAGAAUUUGUAAGUAGAUAUUGGGGCUUAUAGGGUUUUAACCCUUUAAACCUUAAAAGGUUUGUCAUACAAUUUUGAAUUAAGUCUAACAACAGUAUAUCCAUGUUCUUGUAGAGGGAAACACGAUACACUUGAUGUCAGAUCCCAAGGGAAACAGUUAGUUUUGUUUUUGCUAAGAGUCCUGAUGUUUCCCAAGGUGAAGUCAAGGGGAACAUUCGCUCUCUAGGGAAAACAAAACUAACUGGUUUCUCAAGGGAACUGACGUUAAGUGUGUUGUUACAUUUCUAGAUUUCCACUUCAACAGGGACAAAAGAAUAACCAAAGCAAAUCAAAACAGUCAACUCAGCUCUUAUAAGAACACAAAUUUUAUUCUCAAGACCACUGAAUGAAUGAUUUACAAAGUACUUUCCUUAUAUUAUCUGCCUCUUUUCUUCCACUAGCUGCUGUUUCUUUACAGGGAUAACUUUGAAAAUCAUGCUUUUAAGCUUGAGGCUUCAAGUUUGUGUUGUGGACCCCAUGUUGUGUUCAUCCCCCUAAAGUGAAAACUGGCAGUGUUUUUCCCACCUUCUGUCAAGCCACUUUCCACCAUGCUUUGAUCAUGUGCGGACUGAUGUAUACCGAGCGUGGUACAAUUGCUUGAAUGUAUCACAACUGGGAUACAUUUGAUUUUAGUCAAGGCCAUGUGACCAAGAAUCAACCAAUGGCAGUUCCCGUUUAGUUGUGUGAUAGUCUAGGAAUAUAACAAUGACAAAUAGUAGAUACCUAUCCUAUGGGCAGGCAGGCUCAGGAGGGGUAGUUAAAAUAGGGGAGGGAAAAGAGUGCAGGCUUUUAUUAUCUCCAUCAUUCUUGACCCCCAACUGUUGACAACUUGCUUGCCAGCUAGAAGAGACCAAGUCCUGUGGUAGAUAUUAAACCAUCGACUCCCAUCCCAUCCUCCAUCUUCCUCUGCCCCUGGAAAAGAUCAAAAGAUAAUUCACUUAAAGGGACAGUGGUGAUUGAAAGGGGAACCUUAGUUUUGCUCUGUAGUCCUGUUCAAAGAAAAAAUGAGGGUAUACUGGCUUUAGGCUGCCCAUUUCCUCUGAUAAUUUGGUGGUUGUGAUAUGGCCUUGCACUUUCCAAUUUAGCUUAGAUUUAAUUUUCUUGAAAACAUGAUAAAAGUGGGAAAAAAGGUGGUGGGUAGAAAAUGAAGACUGAUUACAGAAGACCCAAAAACAGAGAGCCCCCUCAACAUCACUCUGAAUGGCUAAUUUGACCUGAGAUGUGUUAGAAAUAACAGAAUCUUUAAUUAUUAAUUAUUUUGACCAGGGUUUUUGUUUCUACAAACCCCACCAAAAGUAGAAAGCAAAGACUUCCUCUCAGAAUCACUUGAUAAGCGUAUACCUGACAUUGACGCUCCCAUCACAUACGUACUCAAGAACACCUCUUGUCAUUUUUAAGUAGGAUUUUAUCAAAAAGUAACCCUCUUGGGCAGAGUCUCCCUCCCAGCAGGCCUUUAUGAAGUAAGACCGCAAUAUGAAAUGAAGCACACACUACCAACACCGCAGUAUGGAGUACCCGCCCCUCCCUCCCGGGAGAACUGGAGACAUUGAUUGGUGUCUUUGAUAGCCUGGGAUCAUGCCUGCUCCCUAGAAUGCAGGUUUUUUCUCCCCAUCCUUCCCCAAAAGACGCCUGAUAAUGUUAUGGAGCUCUCCCUACCAAUCAUAAUUACAGGACAUUUUGUCAUUACUGCAUGGGUGGAUUUUAGGGGUGAGCCAAGGGGGCUGCAGCCACCCUUUUUCCUUUGAAAUGCUGUAUUAUUUUCAUAGAAUUCCAUCGCAGGAAAAUAAACAGUAUCUAGAAUAGAGCUGUUAUGUGUCCUGGCCACCUCUUUCAGAAUUUUCUGGAUUUGCCCCUGUACUGUGAAGACCGCUGUUGAAUUAGGCCGAAACCACUGUCAAAUUGAGAUUGAAAUUUGUAAAUGAAAUUCUUUGGAAAAAAUAGGACAUUCGUAACAUUAGUGAAGGUUUUAAAUUUAAACUUUGUCCAAAAAAAUGCCAAAAAGAUCAAAACACCUCCCCGGCUGUCUGCCACACCUUUCCAAGUCGAGGCUGAAGCGCAUGCGCGUAGCCCAAUCCAAAAUGGCGUCCAAACGAAAGGGUGUAUGGAUAUGGUUGCCUACAUGACAUUCCAGCUCAAGAAAUGUCCCGUCUUGCAGAUUAUUUUGUCAUUUGUGGAAUAGACAGGGACUCAAAGAAUGGUAAAAGCGCUUUAAUUGCCCUUUGUUGUGCAUCUUUAAGCAAAAAAUGUUAAACAAACAUUGCACGCCUCUGGAAAGUUCGCGACUUUCUCACCGACGACCUUUCUCCCUGUCUUUACUUUUCAGAAGAAGUCAGAGGAAGAGUGAUUCAGCGCUUCCCAAGUAAAGACCGCAAAGAUGCAGCCUUUCCAGAAGGAAUUGAACUGGUAACCCUAUUUCUUUUGAAAGCCGGCUAAAUUUCUCCUCGUACAAGUUUCACGAAAUUUCGCGGAAGCUUUGCGAAACACAAUUCAUAAUGCUCUCAUUUCAAUCUUUUGUCAAGCAUCCGUUCAAAUCUGCCUAUUCUUACACUUACUUUAAGUCUUCAUGCGUAUUAAAAGGAAGCCAUUCGUAAAAGUGAAGAAUUACACCUGGCGUUUUCAAGUUCUUUCUAAGUGUUACUUGGGUGGAAUCUUUUCAACUGCAUGAAGUGGGUUCGCGUAAUUAUGAUACAAUUGCAUGGAAUUGUUAGUCUUUCGAUCAUGCUGACCUGUUGUAAUCUUUGACUUGUAAGACGCCUAAAAGACGAAUGAGGGGAAAGUUCUGCGUUGCUCAAAAGCCACGACGCCAGUGGUUCUAGUUUACGUAAUACUGCUCUUAGCUACGUUUACUACCGGUAUAUUUCAAAAUGUUUGCCUAGUAAUAUUGGAUGUUCCUGCUCAUGAUUUUAAUCAUUUAGCGGCUUAAAACUUAUCUCGUUUUAUUGUUGUUAAAAUGGUUUUUAUGUGGAUCUCUUCCUGUGAAUUAAUCUCGCUGAGUGAUGCAGUGUAUCGAAUUGGUUUGAAAUUGUUCUUCUUUCCAAAGCAUAACUGUUAAGUAUGCACUUGUUCCUGUAGUGUAUGAAUUUCAAACGGACAUUUUAUUCACUGUUUUGUGUCAAGGCACAAUAUUUGCUCCGGUUUGUUUGCAUUUUAUUAAUCUUUCAUUGUCUGUUGGUGUUGAUCUUAUUUCAAAACCCUUUCUCUAACCUACAGUGAGAUGAAUUUCUUGACAUCUUAUUAGAUGUUAUCAGUGUGUCUUGUUUAUUUUCAAUGAUGAUCAAUUUGUACUUAAUUUCCCUGGCCUUUUUAGUGGGCUCUUUGCAUUUCUAGUUUCCUGCACAUUCUAAAACUAUUUUUUGUCUUUUACUAUACUGCACCUUAAAGGUAUUGUUGUUGUGUACAGAGAAAAAAGACUUGCAUUACAAUACUUCCAUCAAAGUGCUUGCUCCAGAAAUUCAUAGUUUGUACUUUAAGCCACUAACAAACAGUCAAACGUUUUCAUCCAAUAUCAUCUUAAAAGCUAAGAGCAUGUCUGACAGUUUAGAUGUUUCUUAACUUUGCAUUAUUUUUACUUUGCCCUUUUGCAUUAAUAUUUUUGUCCAACACAAAGUGUGAUUUGAUCAUUGAGCCACUUUUGCUAACGAAGCCCGCCAAAGGGGCAAAAGCAACCAAUAAGACACCAAGUCGUUAACUCUCAGGGGCAAUGCUCAGAAAGUGUUGUGUGAGCUCGCUUUGUUUUAUGUCUUUUUCGAACGUUGUGCACUCAUUUAGCCACGCAGUGUUGUACUAGACAAAUGUGACAAUGGACUAAAACGUUUGAUAGUUUAGGAGGGGCCUCAGUAAAUAAUUGUGGGCGACAAGAGGAGCCCACAGACUAAUCUUGGUCAGUGGUACUCCAUUAACUGUAUUUGGAGGUUUUUCUAAAAUCUGUCCACAUUCUUGGGGUGCUUGCGUUGUUGACUGAUAUGCAUGGUAUGUGGCCACAAAGGCCCCGGUGUUGAGUUUAAUUAAGGUCAGUCUGAUGUCACUGUAAUCACAUGCAUACACAUGCAAGUGAUGCGAUUCGCAACCACACAUAAUUCAGGUACACAAGUACUGUAUCGAUACUGUACUAAAUGUGAGACUUUGCAAUUCGCCUUGCCGGCUGGGAAUGUACAUGUAUUUACCCAGGAGAAUGAAAGUAGAGCCUGAUCUCAGCUUAGUGCGGGACAAGGUUUUGGUAAGAUAUGAGUGUUAGCAAAGCCAUGUAAAUUACAUUUAUUCAGGUUUCACUCGACGGCCAGUUUAUGGUUUUUAUAUUUUUAUAUGUUUUCAAGCAUGUUAUGUCGCUUGUCACCUAAAAUCUUCAAUAGGCCUUAAACUCCAGUGGUAAACUAAAGCUUUUUCAUUAUUUUGUACUGGAUAUCAACGGCGUUUGGUCAUUGAACUGGGAUUGAAUAUUCGAUUGAAUAAUAAGACUUCAUUCAGUCAUGAUUACUUAAUUUGUGUCAGACAUUACUGUUUCAUCAUAUCUUCGCCUGGGAAUACAGCCUUCUUUCCUCGCUCCUCACCAUUGGCAGGUUGUUAAUUGUACCUAAGCAAUUGUGAAUAAAAUCGUUGAAUUAAAUAUGAGUCUUGUUUAUGGCAGUGAUUCCUUUUGUUGACACUGGAACUAAAAGGGCUUUCUCUGAUUUGAUUCACCUACACAAUCUCAUCAAUCACACCUGCAAGGUAAACCCACAUGUUCACUCGCACUUCCUAGCCAAUGGCUUCUGCUAGUUAUGUAGUAAUAACACCAGUGAGCAACCUUGCCCUCAGCUUGUUAGCCAGUUGUUUGGUCUUUCAACAUUUUGACAUCAACUGUGAUCUAAAGUACAUUGGCCUGGUGUUUGGCAAAAUGCAAUAUAGCCAGAGAAAACAGCUGACAUUUCACAAAUUCAGUACUGAUACAUUGUGUACCACUGCGAGAUAAGGCCUGGGGAAUGAGUACAGAAAUCCAUUCUGAUGAUGGAUCAUUUCUCAGAUCUGGGAAGUGCUUCUGAUUGGUUGAAGUAAAUUUCCUUUGUGGCAUAUACAAACAGAAGUACUAGCCAGAUCUGGGUAGUUCUACAUACAUUGGCGUGCAAUUUAUGUGUUCAUUCCUCAGGUGUCAUUUCACAGGGGAACCAGUGAUGACAUUGUGAAAUGUCUGCUUUUUUCUCAUGCUAAAUGUAAUGCAAUUGCUAAGCGUUUAUCUCUAUUUUUUGCUCAGUUUUGCCAGCCUGGAGGAUGGAACUACUCAAACUACUACAAGCCCCCCACUUUCUUUGUUGCUGUGCUCACAGAUAUGGAGGGAGACCACCGAUAUUGUGCAUGCUUCACAUUCCAUGAAAGAUGCACUCCGACAAAGUCAAAGAAAAAACUAGCAAAUUCAAGUAGUAAGGAAGGAUUUAGAGAUGAGAGUCAGUCAGAUUCUUCUCUGUCUGAGAAACGGUUUUCUGAAAUGCCUGGGAUCUCUGUUAACUCAGAAGAGGCAGUGUUGAUGGAUGUUUUUGCACCAAAGUGCUUAUGUCUUGUUUCAAGAGCCAGCUACUUUGACAUCUUAAAGGUUUGUCUAUUAUUAUGAACAAAUUGUUUAUAUCUGCAACCUAUUGUCCUGUUAUUAUUCACCUCUCCUUACUAGAUUGACACUUUAUGACAAGCAUUAUCACCACAUGGAAAAUGCUGUUAACAAUUUUGACCCACUGAAAUUUGACAGUUAUUAUUUAUAAUAACUACCCCUUAAACAUAGUCCCAGUGACAAUGCGAGAGUGACUGAACAUGUUUUACUAUUUGAAAGUAAGAUAAAUUGUACCAAUCAUGUCUUAAUUCUUGCAAGACAAAACUCUUCCCUCUGGACAAGAUUCCAUACAAGGUGGGCUCUUGCUGACCUUUUGACAGAAAAUAGGUACAAGCUGCGGUGUACAUGUACACUUGAAAGGCUUCCUGAAGAAAAAAUAGACAUUUCUGACCAACUGCUAGAUUGUCUUUCAAUAUUGCCUUUUAUUCACUUGUGAAUCAAAGGACAUAAUUUAUUUGAUGUGACCUUAAGAGUCAUUUAUGGCCUAUUAUUAUGGACCUCUACUGCGUGGAAUAAAGCCCCAAUUUUCUGUUAAUAAAGUUCAAGUUUCUUUCUCCAAUUUGCCUUGGUUAUACUUGUCUUAUUAAUCACAGAGAGAAGUUGCUUUUACAUCAAGAGACACUUAGGCACUCAUCCCAUGCACCCCUUCAUCAUACCAUUGGCAUUUUGCAGAGAAACUGUUAAAAUCUUGAGUGAUGCCACUAAAGAAAUUUAAUUUCUUUGUUUUGGCAUAUUUUGUUUAAAUAUUGAUAUCUGUAUCGUGGAAAGAAAUAUCACACUCCACCAAUGCAUUGGUGUAUUGUUGCAGUACAUGCUUUAGAAGUCUCCUUGCCAUUCCUUAACCUUCCCGUGUCUAUUACCAAAACAUAAAUGUCAAUUUUUUUGUUCCUGCUGAUGUGAAACCAUCUUUAUUGCAGAACUGCCUGACCACAAUCUAUUUAUCCUUCCUCUCUGGAAACACUAAGUCACUAGAAGGAUUGGUCGGCUGUAUCUUGGGAUUUGUUCAGGUGCCACCUCCUGGUGGACCCAAGAUGACAUUUUCCAUGGGAGCUGGCGAUCGUCACACUCUAUCACCUCCUGCCUCUGAGACGCUUCCUGUGACAGGAAAAUCAGUUGCCAUCUUGUUCAAUCAGCUUGGUAGGUUUUACUUUAUCUUGGUUUAAGGUUAACAGUAUAUUUUAAUGUCUUGGGCAGGACAGGAAUGAUUACUUUUUGGGUGAAGAGAAGCAACAACUGGAAAUAAUAAAUGCAGGCUCAAGUCUGGUGUAAUCAGCUCUCAUGCUAAAUAAUUUUGAAUGUAUUUUGAAUAAUUUUGAAUGUAUUUUGAAUUUAAUUGAACGACUGUAAAUAAGUUUUCUUUUCUUUUGUUAAUUACCAGUAUCAUGUAAUAAUUAACAUUGUGAUUGAAAAGCCCUGUUGAAGGGAGUCUCAAUAAAGUAUGUAUGUAUGUAUGCUAUACACUGUACUAUGCAUAAAUCAUCUGUGAAUUCCUAGUGCAUGUGUAUGCCCAGCCUGAAAAAAAAAAUAAUGCAUGGUGUUCCACAAGUUAACAUGUUGCUCAGCUGUACCUUUUUUGUCAAAUGACAUGGUCUACUGUAAAACUUGGGCUUGUGGGUCCAAAACCUACUUCCAAAAUCUUGGUUGAGCAACAAACAUUUGAUACUAUUAUUUUAUCUUAAGUUGGUAUGUUUAGUAAUAUACACUGUAGUAAUGUUACACUCUUCAGUAUAUACAGGUGUAGGGCAUAUCUUGGUAUUAUGCUUAAUGUAUCCCUUCAGUUUGCAGCUGAUUUAAAUUUGUACUAUGUACAACUGUUGGGAGGUAGUAUCUUUUAUCAAUAAAAAUAUCCAGUUGUCAUUAUUUUCAUUACUACAUGUACAUGUGUACUUACCAGGUUGUUAUCCUAUUUCUGAACAGGUAUCCACAACAUGUUGGCCUUGUUCUGUGCUGCAUUGACAGAGAACAAAAUCUUAUUUUACUCCAGCAGCUAUUCACAGUUGACACAUGCCACUCAAGCCAUGCUAGCUCUAAUGUAUCCACUAAAGUUCAGGUAUAGUGGAACAGCUGAUCAAUUUCAAUGUCAGGGCUUGAAAAAUGUCCUGUCAGGUCAUCCAGGACAAGUAGAUUUUCUUGCUGGGCAAGUACAUAACUAUUAAAGCUCACUUGCCCAAUGGGCAAGGGUGUAGGCAAGUCAACCUCUAAUAAAAUCAUUAACUAAGACAUACAAGAGAACUGCGUGCCCAAAGGACAAUCUUGAAUAAUUAUAAGUUUAUUUUAUCCUGAAUGUGUUCCAAGUGAAAGUGUUUACUGCAGACAAAAGCAUUGGGAAACCAAAGAAAAUUAUUGUUCUGGGCCCAGUUCCUGAAAGGCCGAUUAGCAUUAACCCAGGAUUAAAAUUUUGUUCCAUUUUUUGUAUUUUACAUUCCUAUGCAUUGCUUAGGGUAACAUUUUGUGUUAUCAUUACAGUAUCUCAUAGUAAAGGCUCAACAGUAUCGUAACCUCAAGCUGCAUGUUCUUAGAUGAGAAAACCAUGCUUAAAAUUUGGCUUAAUCCCUGGUUAAACUUAACCAUCUUUCGAGGAACCGGGCCCUGAUGAUCAUUUCUUUUUCAGUUAAAAUGGAUUAAACUGAGAUAUGUGUACAGUCCUUAAGAUUUUCCAGACUUAAUGGAACUGGGGUAAAAAGUCUGGAGAAUUGAGAAUGUAAACAUUAAAAAUUAAUGAGUACCUCCUUGUCACAACUUUCAUUGUUUCAAAGGACACUUGUCAGCUAGAUUGAAUUCAUCUGUUCAUAUUGGUGUAGUCGGUAGCUCAGUUUUAGUUUUCACCUAAAUCCACUUCAUCAGUUACAGUAUGCAGUGGAUUUACACAUACAAAUCACUCUACAGAAUUACUUUUUCCUGUUGUUAACCAUAUUCCUCUUUUUUAUUCAGUUAUGUGUUCAUCCCAAUCCUUCCAGCUGCUUUGCUGGAGUUCCUGAGUGCACCAACUCCCUACAUCAUGGGAGUACACGAUGGCUACAAAGAUAAUGUGGUACCUGAUUUGGUGAGUAAUGUAUCUAACUCAACAUUCUAGCCCUUAUCUCAAAGUAAAGGGAAGCAAAUGGUAAAAACUGAGACUCACUAAGACAAUGAGACCCUUGUUCUAAAAUGUGAACCUGAGAGGUAAAUUAUUGAUUCUCUCAUGGAAGGAAACAUGCAGAGAUAAAACUGAAAAUUGUCACCAAAGUGUGCAGGAUUUUAAGAUUGGAUCAAAAUAUUUCCAGACCCAUGAUUUUGGGUAAUAUUCUCCUCCCUUUAAGAUGUAUUUUGGCAGCUUAUGGCAAUAAAGAUGUUUCCAGCUGAAGAAUUUUGAGUGCUCAUGUAAAAGUGAAUUUCAUCUGACAGUGCUUUUCAUGUAUCCUUACAAAAUGUGUUAUAAUUAUAUUUUUACAGGCUGAUGUAAUUCUUGUGGAUAUUGAUGGAGGACAUGUCUUCUUCCCUGAUGCCAUUAACCUUGCGUCCUUGCCAGAACCUUUUCUUGGAAGAACAAGACAUGAAUUAACCUUGGUAAGUUUGCAGACUUAAGUGACCUUAAGAUACACUGUUUCGGCAGGUUUCUGCAGUAUGGGUUGGUGUGCAUGUUUGUAGGGUUGAUCACAGGCGGCCCAAACUCACGUUAUGAGGAAAGGGUGUAAUGUAAUUUACAUACCAUAAGUGACGCGCCGGUGUCGCGUUACAGGCGACAGUUGAAAAUAUAAGAGACUUUGUAUGAGAAAUAUAUUACUGAAUAUUAAUAUAAAAUAUUACUUAAAUGGAAUGAAUAAAAAGACUUGCCUGCAAUGUAUUCUACCACAUUUUGGUGUCCGUUUGUCGUUUUAUCCGUUUUUUUUGGCUUUAUUGCGUAACCACUGUUACUCCUUUCAUGGAACGAAGUGAAGGCUGGUCGCUUUGAUCUGGCAUGGACCUGGACCAGUCGCAACAAGAGUACCGUUGUUUUCGCUGAAAUUCAAAUCCGCUACAAAUUUUUCAGCUCCAGCCCAAGAGGGAAACCUCUUCUUCCUCUCUGGGAGAUCGGCUCGAAAAACGAUCCAUAAUUUCCCCAUGAAAUCGAGCCAUUUGUGCCGCACUGCGAAGCACGUCUGGCUUUCGUCCAGUGCCUGUGACCACUGUUGCACUUACCAACUAAUUUGCAUUAUGACAAUUAGCACUUACACGACGGGUGCAAGGGCAGAAAUGGCACGUCAACUAGGCUCUUGCACUGUGAAAAAGGGAGUCCUUGCACCCGUCGUGUAAGUGCUAAUUGUCAUAAUGCAAAUUAGUUGGUAAGUGCAACAGUGGUCACAGGCACUGUACCAAAGUCAGACGUGCUUCGAAGUGCGGCACAAAUGGCUCGAUUUGAUGGGGAAAUUUAUGGAUCGUUUUUCGAGCUGAUCUCUCAGAGAGGAAGAACAGGUUUCCCUUUUACGCUGGACGUGAAAAAUUUGCAGCAGAUUUGAAUUUCGGCGAAAACAACAGCAUUCUUGUUGCGACUGGUCCAGGACCCUGCCAGAUCAAAGUGACCAGCCUUCACUUUGUUCUAUGAAAGGAGUAACAGUGGUUAUGCAAUAAAGCCAAAAAAAACAGUAAAACGACGAACAGACACCAAAAUGCAGUGGAAUACAUUGCAGGUAAGUCAUUUUUAUUCAUUUCAUUUAAGAAAAAGUAAGGUUUAGCAUCAUUUAGCAUUCGCAGAUCUCAGUAAUAUAUUUCUCAUAUAAAGUCUCUUAUAUUUUCAAUGGUUGCCUGUAACGCAACAGCGGUGCAUCACCUAUGGUAUGUAAAUUACAUUACACCUUUCCCUCGUAACGUGAGUUUGGGCCGCCUGUGGGUUGAUACACACGUACUUGCUCUAACGUCAUCAUACAAAAAAAACGAAAACCGAAAAAAGAAAAAAGCCAAAUGGGCCACAACUCUUAAACCCAGUAUGGCUAUGUUAUGUACAGGUCAAAAAUAAAUUCAGGUUAAAAGUAUUUAAGCUAGGUUUUUUUCCCAAUUUCCGUUGCCUUGUAGCCCUCAUACAUGAAAAAUCAGUGGCAGGAGACAAAGAAAAUAGAGAAUCAACCUAGGUUGAAAAAUUCUAAGCGGAAUUUGAUUUUGGCCUGUAACAUAGCCUAUUGGGUUUAACAGUUUUGGCACCCCUUCCAGUGGUAACAGGCCUGGUUACUCUAUGUUGUGUAAAACAGGAAAUUAUGUGUUUGGUCUGGACUUAUGAGGAGAAAGAGUGAUAAGUAUUAAGAUGAUGAUCAAUUUUAAAAUAAUUAUUAAGUUUGUCAUUCAUCUGCAGGUGUUACAUCCACAACUUGUGACAGCAGACUGUGCUUUUCAAGCUCCAACUUCACCAUCUCCCCCAGAGCUACAGGUGAGCAACAACGACAAGCAACUGAAAGUCAUUAAACAAUAUCCAUCUAAAACUGGCCUUUUGUCUUUCAAAAUUCUAUUUGUGGUCAGAGGUGAUGAGAUCAUUCAGCUAGAAUUAAAACUCUAUUCACUUUAAUACGAGCUUUACAACAGUACUUUUCUAGUUUGUCAGACUGAAAUAGUGACCUGGUCAACAAAAUGCCUCUCUGUAAAGAAGAUUAUUUCCAUCCCUGUGCCUAUAAAAAUAAAUUAUCUGGUAGUGCUGGAAAUAUCUGAGGUGCUGUUACAGUGUAGAUAGUGGUUGUAAAACUUGCGGACAGAUAAGAAAAUAAUUCACUCAUGACAAGGCUUAGAGGAGUCAUCAGGCAUUGAGACAAAAUGUGUUGUGUCUACAACACAUAAUCCCUCAGUGGAGGGUUUAUACAUGUCGGAUCAAACUCCCUCUCACUUGUUUGCCUGUUGGAAAUUCCACUUCAUGUUCAUUAUUGAAUUUUCUAAAUGUUUUGGCUACACAAGUUCAGGAGUGCCGUUGGUUGUUUCUCCUUUACAUGCAUAAUGAGUAGUGAAGUUUAGACUGCAACUUCUCAGUUUCUAAUAAUCCAUCCAUUUAUUUAUAGAAACUAUGGGGAAUAUUGUUGACUUGGUUUUACUGUAAAAACCUCAGUCACUCUCAAUAUUUUUUCUAGGAGGAGUGACAUUUGCUUGAACCAGCUCAUUGCUUUAGUUUGUUGUUGUUGCUGCUGUUGUUGUUUUUUCUCAAAGUGACAAGUCUUGCUACUAUUUUUAUCUUAAAGGACAAGGAAUUGCGAGCUGUGUUUAUCAGACUUCUUGCCCAGCUGUUUUCUGGUUAUCGAUCCUGCCUUACUCUGAUCAGAAUACAUCCUAAGCCUGUUAUAACAUUCAACAAGGUACAUACAAAAAUAAUUAGCAGAAGUUCUAUGUUUACUACAACUAUUAAAUUCCAAGACAUAAGAAGCAAAUGAGGGAUUAUUUUUUCAUAUUUUUCAUUCAUGCAUUCAUGCGUUCAUGCAUUCAUUCAUUCUUUCCUUUUCCUUUUUUUGUGGUUGUCUAACUGUUCAAAUAACUUGUACAGCAGGGAUGUAGCUAAGAAAAUGAUAAGCAGGCUUUUUUAAUAGUCAAGCCAGCUGUUUUACUUAUCUACAUCUCUAAAAUUCCCACACGUCUUUGUUUCCUUUCAAUUUGAGCUGGUGAUAAGCUCUUUUGAAAACUGUUGAUAAAAUUUGUGUCUGUCCACUUAAGGAAAACUAACGGGAGCAUGUACUUUCCUGGGCUUCUGUUUAUUGUCCUUUACACUUGGUUUUAAUGUCAUGGUUCCUGAGGAGUAUAUUAUGAUUGUGAAGUUUUUCUGUAAACUGCUGAGCACCCUUCCCAGUAAUUAAAUACUGAACUACGUAGAAACCGUAACUUACAACGUAAAAGGAGCAUAACUAAAUUUGGCUUUUUUAGGUUUCUUUCCUUGAGUACAGAGGCAUGAUUGGAGAUCCAUUUCUGUCAAAGGUAAAUGAACAUUGUUAUUGAAGUGUGCAUUAAGAGGAUUAAUUUGGUCAGUAUUCUGUCAACCCUUCUUGAUACAGACACCAGAAAAAUUGAACCAAUUAUCUCUUAGCCAUAACACUGAUGUGAAUAUUAGAGAAGAAGGAGGUAAUAUCUACAGCUGUAAGGAGCCAAUAGGAAGUUGUUCCCUAUAGAGGUGUUUAUACUGUGAUUUCUACAAAGGGAGACUUAUCCGCACUGACUGCUGUCUGGCAAGUGCAUGUGAUUUACAUGUAGAAUAAUGUUUUGCCUGGAAAAUUUUUAUUAAAUUAAAGGGAGAGCCACUGAAAAGAAAGGUGGUCUUUGAAGAGGCCUUGGAAAAUUUUAUAAACUUUCUAAGGCACUACGCUCAUCCAUUGCUGUUGAAAUUGCAUUUAACUGCAGCAGAACAACCAUUCAGGGGACACCCUCAUGACCGAAGCAAGUGUCCCUUGAAUAGAGGUGUCCCCUGAAUAGAGGUUGGGUUGGGGUUUGUUAAUAACCAGCCAACAAAGACAAUAAAAAUUCAUAAACUUAUCUCAGUGAUGUUAUACAUGUAUGUUGAAUUCAUGCAAGUGCAGUUCAUUGAUUAAAGUGAGAUUGUUCAGUUUGUGAAAGGUGCCAUCACUGAUUAGUGUACACUUAAAGGUAUCAACCUUCUUUGUGGUCAGUCAUGUUAUGAGUGCCAAGGUGUCCCAUGAAUGGAGGUUAAACCCAGGUUUUAGGACUAAUACAAUGUGUCCCUUUCCUCUGAAUAGAGGUGUCCCUUCAAUAGAGGUAACAGAUACAAAGACUAUGUGGACAUUUUUCCAAGACAAAAUUGUUGUUUGCCCUGAAUGGAGGUGUCCCUUGAACAGGGGUGUCCCAAAGGAAAGGUUCCACCGUAAAUUAUGUAGAGGAAGAUGUGUAGAAAAAAGCGCAAGGUGACUUGACUCCAAUGAGCAGUUUGUUCAUAGAAUCCAUAAGGUACACUUGACCUUGCUUGACUGUGACAGUCAGUGAAGGUUUCAAAGUGCCUAAGAAAGCUGAAUCAAAUCACUGCUUCCUCCUUUCAAAGGCAUUCUUGCAGUCAUAGUGGCAAGAGUGUAAUACAUGGAGGAACAGCAACUGAGUACCAAGAAUUCUCAGGCAAUUUGUUACCUGUGUUAAUGGAUUGUAACCUGUGUACUCAAAUACUUCUUGAAUAAAGCAAUUAUUAUUCUGUUCCUAUAGAAGUUAAAUCAGAAAAAAGCUUCAUUCACAGUAUUUUUUUUUAAUUCUCCGUGCUUUUAUUAUCCAGGUCUUAGAGAGCAUUUCAUUUCUAUCAUUUGUGGCACACCGAGGUCCUCCUUACAGAACGUGUGAUUUAUUUGACCAGGUACAUGUCCGUUACUGUGUUGAUGCAAUUUUCCCAGCACAAUGUGCUGUCCAGAUAAUUUCAGUUUUGCAAUAUUGAUAGAAUAAAUUGACUGAUGAAAGUGCCUUGUCUGGAAGUGCAAAGGCUCAUGGGAGGAAGGUUGGAGUACAUUCCCACACAGUAUUGAGGUCGUUCACGCCCAAUUCAGUCAGCCCUUGAUUCCAGUCAUAUAAUAAUAAACCUCUUGUCAAAAAAAACCGUGCCUUCCCUGUCCCUUAUAUCAGGGUUCGCAAAUACGCCAAAUUUGGCAUAUUUUAUGCCAAAAUUGUUCAGAUGACUCCACUGAGGCUACGGAGGGAGUCACUUUGACUCCAAAAAUUUUGGUUAACAAACAGGGAGCCACUUCGACUCCAGAAAUUUUUGGUAACAAAAACAGUUUUGUCCUUACCUUUUUUGCAACAAAUACAAUUUGCGUUAAUUGUAAACGUUGUAAACCUUAAUUAAAUCAUUGAAAUUAAAGAAUUAUACUGCACAACAAAACAGGAAAAAGGUAAAUUACGAUCAAAGUUUACUCGAUGACUGCCAUCAUGGAUUUGAGCUUUCCAGGUCAGCAGACCACCACAGCUACUUCGUGUAUCCCUCACGAUAGUGUAUACAUGCCACAACCACGUGCUGGAAAGCCUGAUACUUGGCUCCAAAUAAUUAUUCCAAAAUGUUUCCAAAAUUUGUGAAGAAGAAGUCACACUGACUCCACUCAUCAAUAAAAUUUGCAAACCCUGCUUAUAUUGUGGUUUAAUUGGUUUGUUUAAGCAUAAACUUCCUCAAAGUAAGUAGCAAAGGGGGAAAGAGAUCAAACAUUUUGUUGAUAUAAACAAAUUAGUGAUUGACUGAACAGACAUGAAUUAACGACAUUGUGUCUUAGAUUGUGACAUUUUAACAUGGUAUGUGGUUGUAAAUUCUCAUAAUGGUUGGUUCGUAGCUUUGUGUCGAGAUUGACAGCAUUCUUAACGGUGAAGGAGGAGUGGAUGCUGAGGUACAAGCUAGCAUUGAGCAACUUGCCCAGAAGCUCUACGAUAAUGUAAGUUCCAGUGACCAACUCUGUGAUAUGCCAUGCUUUUAUUGGUCGAAGCUGUCAUUCUUAAAUGCCAUUUUUUGGUUGAAGUGGGGCUUAAACCAGCAGGUGCUUAUUGAUUAAGGUUUCUUGACUUAACUUUAUAGGACAAAGAAAUGUUCUAUUUUGCUGAGGAUGUUUUUUUUUACCACGGUCCAGUUUUUCCAAAGGUGCACAGUGCUAUCCAUGGGAUAAAUCAUUACCCUCUGGAUAGUGCAAUUGGUUUUCCUAAAUGUACAUGUAUAAUGUAUCUAUUCCAGAUCAAAUUUGAUCUCAGGUUAAUUUUGAUUUAACCUAGGUUGAUUCUCAAUUUCCUUUGUCCUCUAGCCCUAGUAGACAAAGGAAAUCAAGAAUCAACCUACAGGUACAGUUGUAGGUUAAACAUUUUUAACCUGACAACAAAUUUGAUGUUUAACAUGUCCAUUGGGGGCUAGGAGUAUAGUGAAAGGCUAAAACUUGGUGGUGUUUAUGCCAAAUAUCAUUACAAAUCAUGCUAUUACCUAUACUCAUUUACUUAUUCAUUGACAGGAACCCUCUUGUGACACCAAUGAAAACACUGUCCAGCCUGUUGUUCCCUCUGAUGAGGCAGAUUUAUGUGAUAAACUGGUGUUUCCUGAGCUGAGUGAAUCAGAUAUUAACUGCUACAUAGACCAGCAGGAGAAUGUAGCUGCACCUUACAUGGUUAAAAGUCCUGAACCCUGUGUUGUGCCAUCAAAUUUAGUAUCAAGCAAGCAACAGCAUUAUAUUCCAAGUCGGAAGCUGGAGGUGUUGAGAGAUUGUGUAGCAUACAUCUUUGACAACCAGAUAUCUGAGGCUAGGAAGGUAUUCCACUUAAAUAGUACCAUCAGAAUCUUCUUCUUAGCAGUAAAGUUAAACGUAUUAAAAAAUAAUAUUUUUUUAAAUUUGCUAUGUAGCCAGUAGCUUGUGUGAAGUAGUGUCAUAUCCAAAAAUUUUUUUUAAAAAGAAGGUGAUGAGACUUCACUUGAUUACAAAGUUAAACCAUGAAUGGAUGAUACUUGACAAAUGGAAAGUACAUUCCACUGUAUUUUGCUGUUUUCAAAAUUAUGCAGUCAGUAAUUAGAGUGUGGUCCAUUCGUUACACACAUCUGACUGACAUAACCCAAUUCUUUCCAAACAAUAUUGUAGGUUGAAGUAUUAAUUUCCCUUCUUCUGUAAAACCAUUCUGUUUUUUUUUUUUAACUGAAAAGGUGCUGAAAACAGGUCUGCGACUCGUCAAAACUUAAUUCUUACUAGAAAUGCUAUAUUCAGAAAAAAAAGUUAAGACCAUUCCUUUAUGAUUGUACUUUUUUAAUAAUUCACAUAUUAGCGAAGGUUUUUUCUCUAUGACACAUAAAAGAAAGGCAAAAUUUUGCCAAGGCAAGUGUCUUGAUCUGUCUCUUACUAGUUAUGGUGCAGGGAUACAUGACAAGUCUUAUUGUAACUAUUUUUAGAAAAACAAAAUUUGUUUGGAUUGCUAGAAAUUUGUUAAAGAAAGAAAAAGCAAAAGUUUUUUGUUUAUCGUAGUCAAAUAAGGCCAUCAUGUUUUUUAUAUUUUGUUUAUGCUGAAGUGUUUGUUACCUUAAACAGACUCUUGAAUCAGUGCUUCGAGCUCUCAAGUCCAAAGGUGCUCAGUUAGCCUUGUGCCAUGAACUCUCUCUUAGAGUAAAACAGAACAGAUCUUUGUUGGAGCAUGACCAGUUUGACUUAGUUGUCAGACUCAUGAACAGGGCAUUAGAGGUUUGUUGUUAACUUUGACUGAUUCUUGAUUAUUUCUUGAAAACCUCUUAUUUUAACAAAAUAAACAAAUUUAUUCAGCCUUAUUAUUCUUUCGCCAUUCAUUUCAACUCUGUAAGUGCACAUAAAUGUCUACUUAGUCAGCCUUAUCUCCUGCAAAUAAUAUCCCCUGGCUGAGUAUUAUGUAUGACUUGGCCACUUUGAGAUACAUGUGUAUUUUUACAGUGUAUCAUGCUUUAUCACAGAAAUAGAUACAUGUAGUUGAAGCCUUGAGAGUGCAGGAACAGGGCUGAAAAUAAAGAUUCACUGGUUACUAAUGUGACUGUUAACAGAAAAAUGUCAAAGACAAGACAACAUAUUUGUACACUGUAACAUCCUACCAAUGAACUAGUACUAUACCAGUUGCAAAUGUGCGAACAGUCCUUAAGUAAACAAACCAACAUGCAGCACACAUUGAUAAACAUUGCAUGGAAAAAAAUGAAUUUAGAGGUAGGGGACAAACCUCAACUAACCAUAAGGUAUAAAUUGACAACCAAAAUGUUCCUAACAGUUUGAAUGAAAAAGAUAAUUUCAAGCCCUGAAGAACUGAAAAGUGUGAUUGCUGUCAUUUAAUUAAAAUAAUGUCUUCAUUUUUUAACUUCAGUGGUAAUCUUUCCAAACUGUCUUAUGUUUUGUCUGUAGGAUGAUGCUAGCAUGAGUAAUACUGAAGUGGCUGCGGCACUCUUGCCUCUCACUGCCACAUUCUGCAGGGUAACAGACUUUCUAUUCUAGUAUUCUGUCUAGAUCUUCUAAGGAAAGAUAGCUGGUGUAACAGGGGAUUUCCACGUUACCCCAAGCCCCUGUUUCAAAGUGAGGUUAAGUGUGAUGCCUUUGAUGUUAAAUGGCUUUUUAUUUUCAUGCAGUUAAAAGUCAUUUUCACAGGACAGGGUUUGCACUUACCCUCAUUUUGAAAGUGAGAGUUUUUAGAACUCGGAAAUGGCUUACUUUGUUGUAUUGUAAUGUAAUGUCAUGGAUUAGAGGACAACAAGAUGCACUCUCUUCCCAUAUUAACAAGUAAACAGUAAGCUCGGACUUCAGCAUAUAAGGCACCACUGGCAGCCGCUAUCAGUCAAGUUAUGAGCUUGCUGUAGCCCACCCAUAGCCCAUGAUAUGAAUGGUGCGUGAAAGGUAGUUUUUGUUGUUGUUGUUGUCACACCGCAUGAUUAUAACAGGGGUUAUAUUUACAGUAUGCUGACUACUGGACUCUUCUUGAAGUGUUACAUACUUGUAGUAUAGAGCUGUUUGAAUUGUUGCUAGUGCGCUACAAGUUUCCCAUUAACUCAGUAAAUGAACAAAUUUUUGUUUUGUUGCUAGAAACUCAAUGCUGGUGUUAUUCAGUUUGCCUACACCUGUGUCCAAGACCACCCAAUCUGGGAACGGCAGAAUUUUUGGGAAGAAGCAUUUUACGCAGAUGUCCAAGCACAAAUAAAGCAGUUGUAUGUUGAUGAAGAAGCUCCAAAGGCCAUAACUGAAGACACACUUGAUAGGAAAGAGCAACGUACAUCCCGCGCAAGCUUAACACCAGUAACAAAGCACCGCAGCAUCUCAAGAAGUAGAGAUAAUCUUGCAUCUCAACCCAAGGAGUCUGGAAGUAGCAGUGAUCUGGAACAGCCCAAGCAAGCAGAGCAGAAGCCAGUGCCAAGUGCAUUAAGCAUUGCUGCUAAGCAGGUUUGUGGGAUGUUAGUAGGAAGCUUAAGCAAUAAUGACAGGGACAGCAAUGAGAAUGGCAAAAAAGGCAUAGGUUUAGAUUUGCCAAACAACAACUUUGCAUGUGCAUCAUGCUUUUUUGUAGAUUUCUUUAGGGUUGUUGCAUGACUACAACAUGGUACUUCAUGCUAUGUAGGGUGUGAACAACAAUUUUUUUUUUUUACCAAAAAUAGAUACAGGCCUUGGAAUCAACUUCAAAUCAACUUCAAAUUCCCCAGCAUUGCAUAAAUUGAAUGAAAAUAAACAAGGCAAAUUUACUUUUCAAAAUGACUUUUUCGCUGCUGUUGCUGAAAUGAUUGCUCAAGCUCUCUACCAUCUCAGUGCAAGAGAGAGAGAAAUAUUAUACUGUCUAUUAAAAGUAUCCUAGCAAUACUAUUCAUGCAGUGUCUCCUUAUCAGGCGGUAACUGGUAAAAUUAAUGGCUCAAAGCAACACUUCUUACUGACUGCAACCUCUUGAAGUGUUACUAAAAUUAAAUAAGGUUUUUAAAAAAAUAUGCAAGUUGUGACCUAGCCUGCGUAGCAAGCGUUUCCAAUCGAGUUAUUGCGCGAAAGGUAGAGCGGAAGCAAAAACAAGAUUGAAGGGGGAGGGGGAGGGGGAGGGGAGAAGAGGAAACGCUUGCCCGCAAACCCCACGAUUCUGGAAAACGCCCCUUGAUAUUUCACGGUUCAGUUCAUUUGUAAAUUGACAGCUCGUCAAAAUAGAAACAUAACGAACAGAUUACCCCAGGAUUACCAGAUUUGUAAAAUUACUUUGUCGUCUAAUAGAACACAUUGCAGGCGAUUGCAAGAACUGUGAUAAAAAAGAUUUAUGAUAAAAUAAAGUUAAAACCAUGAGCGAUUGCUGCGGAAUUUCUUGUUUUUUUUAUCGUGUGGCUUUAUCUCGUCUGAAACCUUAACGACACGUCAAAAAUGAUUUGUCCGGAACAAUUCACUCCGCCGGGUAUAAGUUUUGCAGAGCGGCUGCUCUUCAACCUGUGUCGAAACGUUCUCUACAAUAGAUGCUGCUAAAUUUCCAAUAAACAAAAAGCAUCUUUUCAUUUCAAAAAGCUGACAAAUCGCUCGUCCAUGGCGGCUUCAGCUAGUGUCGAGUACCGAUGUUCUGAUUUAUGUUGAUGUUAUCUCCAACAAACAGUCCAUUUUUACCAGUCAGAUCCGCACGCCGUCAUUCUCAAUAAAUUGGCCUUCCCUAGUCUCCACUGCUCGAUCUCCAAUUAUACUUUGAAGGCCCUGAUCUCAUAAACCUUCGCACAAACACGAUUCCAAUAAAUAUCAGUCCAAAGCAUUUGUAAUCUGCGACCACAAAUUAGAUGAGACCAAAUCUGUGAUGCACGAAAACAAAGCAUACCUGGUUUGAUUGAUGUUUCGAAUGCUAAGUAAUCAACACUACCCGCACUGCACCAAUCAGAGGCUGCGUUCGUGGGCGAACGCAGUUUUUCAAAAUCGUGGGGUUUGCGGGCAAGCGGUUCCUUCUUUCCCCUCCCCCUCCCCCGUCAUUCUUUUUUUUUUUGCUCUUGCCCCAGCUUUCUAGACGAACCUCGUGAGGAAACGCUUGCUAUGCAAGCUAGUUGUGACCCAAGCCGAUCUGCAGCAUUAUUAUUGCGCAUAAAAGCUUUAGCUCUGCAAAAGCGGCCCUUGCUUGUUCUUUUGGCUGUAGCAGGAAGAACCACCACCAUCUUGGAUGUCGCAGUAAUAUGCGCAGUAGAGGGUUCGCAGUGCAAAACAAGGGACAGCAAAAUUCAGAUAAGUGACAUGGCCUUGAGCUGAAACAGCAAGAUGAAACAAGCGAAAUGGUGACAAACAACAAAGUGUGACAGCAACGAGGAAAAUCACAAAUAUAAUAGUAAAAUGCCAACAGUGUGGCCUCAUCUUCAAUAAUUAUGCUAGCCAACAACUUAAAAUGCAGGCUAUGGACAUAAGUACCCUGCCUAAGAAGACCUCAGUAGUUGAUGUUUACGAACUUGAAGUCCCCAUUACAUGAUUACUUGAAGGAUACUAUUUUUAUACAUCACCACCUGGGGUUAAUGUAACUGUGCCAGAUGUCCACUGAGUGAACCAGCUUGCUCCAAGAGUUGUUACAAACUCUUUGCUGCUGCCACAAAAACACCAAGAAUACACCCAAGACAAGACGGCAAAAUAAUUAAUAUAGAAGUACAAUGUUGUUAUUCUUUUAUGCUUUCCUUAGCUCAAGAAAUGGCCCAACUACUCCAAGAUGGAGCAAGACAGUUUGAUUAACAGUGAAGAAGGCAUUGUGUACAGUCAAGCAAUUCACUAUGCUAAUCGUAUGGUGUACAUGAGGAUACCUCUUGACGCUAGUGAGAAGAUGCCUGCACCCACUCCUGUGCCCACUCCUGUAACAGGUUUGGCCUUUUUAAUACAAACUCAAAUGUCCCUUCUCUUGACACAUUAUUUUUUAAUCAAUUAAUUUUAUUUUGUUAUUGUCUCAUCAAGAAUGACAUGUAUUUUGUAAUGGUAAUAGGACUGAGUGGAGUUCUAUUCAGUCUAUAAUCUUGUGAAUGAUUAACAAAUAAUUUGCAGUCAUCCGAUUUGUUGAAUCGCGAGUAUUGGAUGACAUGGAAUUCUGUUACCAAUUUAUCAUAACUAUACCAAAUUUUGUGAUAUUUUAAGCUUUUUUAGGAUUAAAACACAAAAAUUAAUAUUCCGAGCAUUUUUAGUUAAAUUUAAAAAACAAAUCCCAUUAAAGUGCCAUGCAUAGUGGCACUUACUGUCCAGUUACUUAGACAUGAUGCGAACUGUCCUAGUACACUCUCCUAUUAAUGCUGAAAUCAGGGAGGCCAGGAUAGCCAAUUCCUAUAGAUUGGGUAAUUUUGUUAUAGAUUUUGGGAACAAGUUCCUGUUAUUUUUUUUGUCCAGGUUUAAAUAAUAAUGUGUACAGCUGUAGCGGCCUUCAUUUACUGACAUUUUGAAUUUUAGGUUCAAUUCACGUGGAUGGUGAGGGAUCUGUGAAUGGUACCUAUGCAGAAAGUAUAGUAAAUGGGACAGUUGGUAUGUAUUAAUUUUUAAUUCUUUGCUUGAAAAAACCCAAGUUUUAGUUUCCGUUUUUUGUAAGCGCAAUAACUGUGGAUCAGGAAAUUCUCACACACAACUGGGAGCCAUGUCAAGUUUAACCAUACCGCCUGACCUUUAUUACAAAACAUUGUAAUAGUACAACAGAGCAAAAAAGGGAAAACGCUCCCUAGAUUGCAUGCUCUGACAAAACUUACGAAAACCAAACAACGAUCAUAAUGAAAACUCUUGGCCAACAACCGUUAAGAGUGUCAGUGGUGGAAGGCUAUUUGCCAUAGGCUUGAACAGCAUGCAGGGGUUUUAGGGUGAUGGGUAGAGGGGUUGGCAUUAACCUUUUUUGAUCUACUUGGAUCUUGAGUUAUCAGGAUUGGGAGGUGGGGCUUAUGUGCCAGGGACUUUUUGCAUGUGGGUUUUUGUACCAAUACAGAGCUUAAGCAACAAUUAUUACGACGAUGGCUACAAAAAUAUCACUUAAAUUCACACUACUUCAAACUUUAUCACACUUAUUCCAACUCGUUCAAUUUUUCAAAUGUUGGAAAAGUUUUCUGGAGCUGAAUUCUAAAAGACUGUAUCAAAGUUCAGGAAAAGAAAAAGAAAGUCAUUGUCUUGUGUUCAUGUUGUCGACAAAACAUGAAAUUAGGCAUAUGUUACGUUACAUUAUAGUCGUGCAGCAACGGCAAAGAAAUGUACAAAAAGGGUGAUGCACGUGUAAAGUUGUUGUUUUGCUUGCUAAACCUAUUGGGCCAAAUAUUUAAAUGAAGUGUAACUUAAGCCAUGGUUUAAAGAAUCUUUGAACUUCCGGAUCUCUUCUUUGGUGGAUUGUUUUAAGAAGAUAAAUCCUUUUCUAGUCUUCUCUAUAUGCUUUAAUAAAACUGUUCACAGUAAAUGAUGUUUAGAUGAAAUCAUUGUUCUUGAAUAAGCUCACUAAUGCGUGUCUCCUCCGAUGCAAUCCAAGUCCAGCCUGUGAGGGAAAUUUUUUAUGCUACUAUCAACCAUAAUAAAGGUGACUUCCAAGAGCAGACACCAGUGCUGCGUUAGAUGCCUCCAGAUCAUUGACAUCGCUUGCUGACUAAUUUUGCAUUAAAUUUAGACUGCUAAAGCUGGUCUUGAAAUUAAUGUAUAAAUAAUUGUGGUCUGCCUUUGAGAGAGGUCAAUGUCAUGAUGAUUUGUAUCUUGCAUCUUUUAAUGUGAUUUCAGCAAACAGUGAAGUAGGAAGCUACAUUACAGAUAGCGGGGGGUGGGAAAUGUACAUGGAUGAUGAAGAUGGUGGGACCAUUGCUGACCAAGUGACAAAAUUUGUCUGUCGCUUUGUGGACCGUGUUGGCACUGAGGCUGGGAUUAGUCAAGAGCACUUAAAGUCUCUGUAUACAAUGAUUCCAGGUCAGUUGGACUGAGAUAACUUUGACUUUUUUCCUGGGGUGAUAUAGCGACAUUUGAUCAGCCCAUAGCCGACAAGAAGUAUUUUCAUCCUAGUAGACUGAAGGAGUUGUGGGUUUCUUCACAACUGUUACUGGGUAGCUCUUUGUACAAAGACGCUUUAGGACGUAAUUAUGUCAAGACAUGUUUCUCUAGGGGAACCAGUGAUGGAGCCAUCAACCCACAGAUACUUACAUAUACAUACAUGUAGUAUAUUCUGUGUUAAGACCCCUUUUUUUGUUAUGUUUAUGGUCAAACAGGUGUGGUUGCCAUGCACAUUGAAUCAUUGGAGCCAGUGUACAGGGAGUACAAGAAUCUGGCUCCAAUUCAAAAGGUGAGCAACAGUUAAUAACGUCACAACAACUGUAGAACCAAAAAAGAAAGAAAAGAAAUGAUGCAUCAGAAGCUAAGGGGAUUUGCACCGAAUUGUGGGCCAUGGGAGCCAAAAAGAUGUUUCGAAGUUAGUAGAGCAAUUUUGUAAUGGACGAACAAACUUUAAGUAAGAACAUUUUUGCAGUGUAGUGAACUUAAAAUUUUAUUUUAUGUAAAUAAUAUUUAUUAUGUAAUCUGAGUUAUUUUUGCUGAUUUGGAAGUUUCUUCAAGUGUAAGUCUUUUUAUAGUAUGAUUUGUGUUGAGUUUGUUAUCACUAUCAUUGUUACUACCACUGUGUCUUGUUCUCCUAUCUCACUGUUAAAAUGUCAUUUUGUAAAUUUUUUACCCGUGUAAAGUACCACAUUAGUUAAUCCAAUUUCAAAAAAUGGGAGUCAUUCACAGCUAAAUGACAAUUUUGCUUGUGUCAGCCUUUUAAGGGACAGCCCCAUUUCAAAACAGUAUGCAAAAAAUUCAGUUUAUAGUCACAAGACAGCAAAAUUCUUUGAAAAGCCACCAUUUUCGGGGGUGACUGUUUUUCGUUAAUUUUAUUGGUUAGGGAAAGUGAGUGGGUGACGCAGUCGCAUCACUGCCACCCCUCCCAACAUGAUGUGACUGUCCCAUGUUUGUCACUCACCGCAGGCCAAGAUCAUGAGACCUGACAUGCUUCAAGGGGAGGAAAUGCUUAGUGAUGGACUGCGUGCCUACCUUGUGCCUGAUGGCCGCGAGCUAGGUAAAGGAGGAGAAGGGCCAUGCCUACUGCCGGCAGAAGGUGCUGUUUUCUUGACCAACUACAGGGUGAUUUUCAAGGGAACUCCUGUGGACCAAUUUGGUGAGUUCAUGCAGCAGCGUUUUAUGUUAAUGUCAGCAGCCAAGAUACAUGUAUGCUAUUGUCAAUGCAAGUUUUUAAGUUUUGCCACAAUGAUGUUGUGGCUAGCCUUGCACCUGUGAUUCGAAGGUCUGCAGUUUCUAGCCUGGUCUCUCUUGCCAUGUUGUAAGUUUUAAAUAAUGGGCAAUAAUAUUAUUAUUAUUAUUAAUUAUUGUUUAAGUAAUCAGAUACCAUUUGAUCUCUCUGUUACUUUUGAGACAUGAACCAUCGUGACUGCUAAUUGACUGGGCUAUCGUUACUUUUCCAUAUUAACUGCAACAAGACCCUCAGACAGGGCUUUAGGUGACUUAUCUAUUGAAUGAUAUUACGUGCUCCUAAUGCACCUUUAAGUCUUUAAUUUUGUUUAGAAAAGAGUAAAAGUAUAAUUACUGUAAGUAUUGUAAUUGUUCUGUUCAGCAUCAGAGAUGAUUGUGACUAGAAGCUUCCCUGUGGGUGCGCUGAUAACUCAAAAGAAGAUUGGAGUUCAGUAUUUGCAGCAUUUGGGCCAAUGGCUUCAUGAGUGCAUUCAGCUCCGAUCUAGUACUUUUCAGGUCAGUCUGUACUAGAUUUUCUUUUUCUAUUGUAUGCUUGUGUUUUAUUGCUGGGAUUAUAUUUUCUGGGUGCUGAGAUCAAAGCAAUUUUUCUUUAUAGUAUAGUGAACCUGUUGCUGUUGUUUUUGGAAUGAUGCCUUCCUACAGAAACUAACAGAGAGAAAAACUUGAAGCUUUCACUCUUACUGCAAGGGCUUACUGCUAGCAGCUCAUUUGCAUGGCCCCCUUGAAUUUAAGUAGUAUUUAUAUUACCGUUUCAAACUGUAACAUCCAUUUUUUUUAAACCUCAUUUGUCCCAUGCGCCAUGACAGAGUGUUGAAAUGGUGACCAUGACUUUAGUAAAUGUGUCUAUUAAACUAUGAUGUAUGUGUUAAGUGCUUUUUAAGGUAACUCAUUGGCCUUCCUUGUAAAGAAUAGUCCAAGUCUAGCAAAUGGAUCAUACCUAAUAUUUUUAGAAAUUAUACUGAGUUUUGUCAAACGUAAUAAUUAUGAGGUGGGUUAUGGUGUUCUUCCCUGGCAGAUGAUGAAACUUGCAUUUGAUGAAGAAGUUGAACAGGAAGUCAUUGAGACAUUCAGGAAGAAACUCCAGAAAAGACAUUUACCAAAUACAGUAUUCGGUUCUUUUGCUUUUUGUGGCAAAGGCAUUGCAAGGACACCAACUUUUGUCAUUCAAAAGCACAUGGAGAGACAAGGGACUCUCAAAAAAACAAAGAACAAACUUGUAAAUGCCUCAAGGCAUAAGACAAGCCAAUUGAGGGGCUCACUUCGGAAACGAAGACACCGACACAAUGAUUUAGACAGUCAAAGGUCCCCUAGUGGAUCGUUAACAACAGAUGAUGAUGAUUCUGUUUUGGACCUUAAUGACAUUCCUCUCAAAGUGGAACCUGUUGUUCAGGGAGUUGAGAGACUAAGCAAGCUAUCAUACUGCAAUGACUAUUCCCGUCUGAAGUUGGGAAACAUUGCUAAGGAUUCAGCAGUGGGUCCUUGGAGGAUAUGCAUGGUCAAUGUAACGUACACAGCAUGUCGAAGGUGAGUAUAUAUUGUAAAUGUUUUUUUUAAAUUUCGGUUCCUCUAGGGUCCAACCCAGAAAUGAAAGAAAGAAAAUAGAUAUGUCACUUGGUACCUGUUAACAUAAUAACGAAGUCAAAUGAAGAAUGAUCCUCGCAGUUGUUAACUGAAUUUAUGCAAUUGCAUAAGAUGCCUGAAAAAAAUUCAGGACUUUUUCAGGCUUGCAUAAAUUGCAUUCACAACUGCGAGGAUCAUUCUUCAUUUGAUUUCAUUUCCGCAUUUAUUAUAUGAUUUAUUUCAUAUAUAUCAUUCACAUAAUAAUGAAGGUUCCCUGAUUCACCGUGAGGAUGCCAACUUUUUAUAUACCAUGCUUUGGAAAAUGCAUUGAUACACGUUUACCCCUGACACCCUGUCUGUCCUCUUCCCAGGGUUAACAGACCUUUUCUGCAUUCCAACUUGGGUUUGGGUGGACAAAAUACAGAGAUUUGUAUGAAAUUGUCCAGUCGAGCCACAACCUCAUUUCUUUAUGUUUGCUCACUGGAGGGGAAUUCAGAAAAGGUCUAUAGGCAGGCUGUCUUUGCUAUGUAAAUGGCUUGGCCAAGGUUCUCUUAGCUAGCCAAAAUGAAGCCUUUAAAAACAUGGUGGCAGAAAAUUUGCAUCUUAGAAAAUUGUCAUUGUCGCCUACCAGAGAUAUGUACUGGACACGGUAAUAGUGAGCAUGACGACUUCAUGGAGGAAGGCCACAGUCAUGCAAAUUGUUUGUUUUGUUGUCUUGUUCUUGUUUGUUGUGCUUAAUGACUACUAAGAAGUUGAAUUUUCUUGUACCAGCAUUCACUUGUCAAAAUGUUUCCCCAAUCCUGACAGUUCUAAAGCUUGAAACUUUUUUGUAGUUAAAAUCAAAGUGCUACAGUGAAUAUUAGAGCAGCUUUUUUAGGAGUUGUUUGAUGUAAGUGUAAGGUUGUUGGACACCAAUAAAGGGCAUUGCAACAUUGUAUUUUUGUUGUACUAUUGUAUAGCCUAUUAAAACAGUUUGUAACUUCAAUUUGCAGUUACCCCUCGGUAGUGUUAGUACCACAUAGCAUUUCAGAUGAUAGCAUUCUACGAAUAGCUAGGAAUCACCGCCAAGGAAGAUUUCCUGUGGCAAUAUGGAGGCAUCAGUAUAACAAAGCAACGUUGCUUAGAGCAGGAGGCAUUGAGAGAAGCACUAUAGGGUCAAUUAUGAGACAGACCAAAACUGUGAGUGGCAGCAGCGUGACACAUCAUGCCAUAUCUUCAUCAGCUUCUGUUGAACAGGAGAAAUAUUUUGCGGCCGUAGGUAGGUACCCACUGGCAUGCAAAGACUUCCGUUGCCUGUUUUCAAACUGAGGGGUACUGGGCACAAGUCCAUGUAUUAUGUGAUUAUUAACAGAAAACCCACAAAGACAGAAAGAUGACACUGAGUUUUACAAAAUUGUCGAGUAUGAUGUUUAUCGGGCCAAUAUUUGAAUAGCUGUCUCUUGUUCAAAUUGGAUUUCAUAAAGAUCAGUAUACUCUUUCUGACUUUGUGGUUCUUGUUUUGUGUUGUGUCAUUUUGGUUUCAACAGUAUGUGAAAAACCAUGAAAAUUUCUCAAGGUUGCUUAAGAAGUCCAGAAAAGGAGACCUCAUGAAAUCAGUGAAUAAUGCCACAGAUUUUGCGACUCAUUUAAUAGCUUUGUUUGAGUUUUUGCAUGAAGGAAAAAAGAUACAGUUAAAGGUUAAAGGUUUUUUGGGGGUGGAAAGUGCACUUACAUGUAGCUUAUCCAGCUAGUUUGCAGGCACUCUACUCAAAUAAUUCUGAAACAAAUGAUGCAAAUAGGACAUAACAGUAUUAAAAUCGUGAACUGGUAGGAGACAACCAGCUGGCUAUUUACAAACGUGGCUGAAGAUUUGAACUCGGGAUGACCGAGAACAAAUCCAGCAAGUGGCCAGAGCAGGACUCAAACCCAGGACUGCCGGGUUAAGAGUCCGUCGUGGUGACCACUCGGCCAUGCAGCCUCCCUACAUCUUGUCGAAAUAGCAGCCCUUCUCAGUAGCUUUAUGCCACCAUGAAUAGAGGUAAAACAUGUGAGCUCUUGUAUUUGGUGUGAUCAGCUGAGGGUAUAAGGUUUUAAGAAGGUGGUGUGGCUGAGCAGUUAGAAGACCGGAAUUGCAAUUCAGAGGCCCGAGUUAAAUCCUUUCCCCAACUGCUGGCUGGAGUUGUUCUUGGUAUUCCCAAGUUGUAACUCCUUAGUCAUGUUUAUGAAUAGCCAACUUGUUUGCUUCCGGCCAGUUGGGAUUCUUACCUGCGAUAUUUAGUUUCAAAUGUUUUUUUUUUCUGUCCUUAUUUGUGGACCCAAGUAAAAACUACUGGGUUACUAGUAAUUUUGUGACCCCAUCAAUUAGCCACCAAAAAUAGAUUUCAUUUCCCAUCUCAGUUAAUAAUUUCAAUUUCUUGUAUUUUACCAACCAAUGCAGUAGCAGAAACUAUUGUUAAUCCUUGAAGGUUGCACUUAGUCAGCAAGGUAUGCCUUUUGCUGCAGUUCAUCCUCAGCUUUAAAAUCUUGUGAUAUUAAACGUUACUUACCAUCCUUUUGUUGCUAUCUUUAGUGGCAGCCACACCCCUGGGAAAAAGUAAGAACAUUGCUCGUGCCAACUCACUCCACCAUGGAGUUGUCCUGCGAGAUGGUUUUUUCCCAGACGAGGUUGACUCUGGUCAACUUGUUGACAAGACUAUCUUAAAAAAAGGAUGGGAACCAGCCGCCCUCUACAUCUUUGGUGACAAGUCUUUAUUAAGGGUAGGUUUGCUCUACCAUAUGAACAGGUCAAAGCAAUCUACAGCCAAAGAGAAUAUUGUUUCAGAUCAACAAUUGUCGUUUGUCUUUGGAAAAGAUUAUUGCAGGGGGAAGAGAUCUUUCAAACCAUGCCUGGAUGUGCAGGAUUCAGUCAAGGGGACCGGAGAGGAAUGCACUGUUUGACUUGAAAACUCAAAUGAAAAUCGUUCCCACUAAUCACCUGCACUUCCUUCCAUCUAAAAGCUUUCCCUAAAACCUUUUUUCACCAAAGUGAAACCCUAGUAAAUGCCCAGCAAAAGAAAAAAAAAUUAGGCAAGAAAAGCAAAAGAAGAGGGGAGGAGAGAAAGUGAAAGUUAAAAUUCAAAAUUUGGCCUUCUGUGCACACCCAAUCUUCUAAAGGCGACAUUUAGCAUCUUGAUCAGAAUACUGUGAAGUGCUUGGCAUACAAAUGACGUUUUGGUUGUUUAUAGCCAGACAGUCACCAACAAAUGGAUCAAUUGUAGUUUCCGAAGGCAUUUUUUCGCAAAAUUCCCAGAAAUGAAUGGGUUAAAGAACAAGUGACAGCAGCCUUGGGGAAUGAUUCAAUAUCUUUUUUUCUCUAAUAGUUCUGCAUUUGUUUCUUCUCCCCAGAACGUUAAGCAAGAAGCAUAUCCCAAGUGUGAGUUUGUUCCGAUCGAGGUGAGACAUGAAAAGCCUUCAAUAUUCUUGUCACUUGAUGGGAUAAUUUUUUACUUCCAAGAAAGACCAAGUAAAAAAUAUGAUAUAUCAUUCUGCAAAGGUGACAUGUUUUUGGCAGCGGCAGAUCCAGACCUUGAGAUAAGGGGGUGGGGUUGGGGACACGGUCAUCCAGACCCUUAGAUAAGGGAGGGGCCGGUCUCCCAAAAAAAUUUUUUUGCCCCUUUGGGCCUCAGUUUGGUCUAAAAAUAAGGGGGAGGGCUCAGGCCCCCUGGGCCCCUCCCCUGGAUCCACUACUGUUUAGAAUGUAAUUACUUAAAAGGCUUCAUUAGAAUGACUAUACAUCAUAGAAUUUUGCUCACCAUUAAAAUUGCACAACAUCAUGAUUUACUCCUACUGGGAGAGAAAGGAUUGAUUGAAUUCAGAGGACAGCAUUAUUUAUGUUGACAACAUUGAUUGCGGUUCCUCGAAAGGUGGUUAAGUUUAACCCAGGAUUAAGCCAAAUUUCAAGCAUGGUUUUCUCGUCUAAGAAUAAUCAACUGGAGGUUACAAACUACUGUUGAGCCUUUACUACGAGAUAUAGAAAUGAUAACACAAAAUGUUACCCUAAGCAAUACAUAGAAAGAUAAAAUAUGAAAACGGAACAAAAUUUUAAUCCUGGAUUAACGGUAAUCGGCCUUGCAGGAACCGGGCCCUGAAGGUCAUAGAUUCAUCUCCUAUUGGGAGUACUCAGAUUUUUUCUUCUGGGCUGCUUGUGUCACUGACUGAAUAACAUCCUUCUCAAAGUUGAACUAGAUGUUGAAAAGCAUUGCCAAAUGUGUUUUUCCCCAGCUUCCUGACAUCAGGGCAGUGAGAGCAAGUUUCAAGAAGUUCCAGCGAGCUACUUGUCCCAGUACAGAGACAAACCUGAGCUUCAUUCAACAGGUUGAGGAGUCUGAAUGGCUUCCACAGGUUCGUGAAUGGCCAUGCAGAGUGUGUAGGGAAUUUUAGAAUUAGAAAACAUGAACUUUUUUUGUGAAAGUUAGUCACAGACAAUAGUUAUCAAAAUAUCAGUUCAAUAGUUGGUUAAUGGCCAUCUCAUUGCAGUUAAAGGAAUACCGCCCUCCAGUAUUCUCUUGGGUGCGUUCCUUUGGGAUGAUCUGGUUUCGGAUCAGCGAUUCAAGAUCAUUCGCAUCAUGUUGCAUUAAAGGAACCGAUGAAUCCUUUCCCAGAGUGGAUUCUCGAUAAUUUAAUCCUGAUUCGUAUCAGAUGCUAAAGGAAUUCACCAUCUUGACACAGACUAUAAUGCAUCGUGUUUACCCUCCAAAAUUUUGCAAAACUAUUGUUUCCAAUUUCUCCUAGGUUUUACAGUCGUCCUAAGAGAAAUCCAAGACAAUGGUUAUGCAAAAUUUUGGGGCGUAAACAAGGUGCAUUAUGGUCGAUGUGAAAAUAGUGAAUACACCCAUUCAUUUUUGGACCGUUUUUUUGUGAGUUACACAAAGGUGUGUAAGCCUCGGCUCAGACUCCUCUUUGUUUAAUUUUACCCAUUAAUUAUGAACUCUUUCAAUAGCUAUCUGCAAUCAUGACCGUUGCAAACUGUUUUGUUGACCUGAUUGACAUCCAAGGAUCAUCAGUGCUUGUCUGCUUUGAAGAUGGAUGGGAUGCCACUGCUCAAGUAAGUGUCCAGUGUGGUUUUGUUUAUCACAGUAUUGCGUGUCAAUUUUGUUGUGGGAAAACUACAAAGAGGGACAAAGGUGUUGAGAAACUUCUGUAAAAUGGCCUUUUUUGCAUAGUGGACAUACGUGUCCCUUUCCCCUGUGUCCUCCCACCCCCUCCCCCCAAUAUCAAUGUUGUGUUUUAGACCCUCAAGUCUUUCUUUUACUUCAAACAACAUUGAUUCGGGGGUGGGGGGGAUUUACGGCGUUUAAAUAGAAUGAAAUAAUAAAUGAAUGAAAUUGUUGAUAAAAGCGCCCAUUUUAGACAAAUGUCCCUGAUUGUACCAAAACUAGACUAAGAGCAGUCUCUCUUUUUCUUCAAAUUUAGUGAGGGGAGUGCAUGCACGCGCGAGUGUCGAGUGGCCACGCCGCGAGACGCGAGAAACGAGGGCACCUCUCCCGUCUCCUGCCUUCAGCCACUCGUGUUGUCAUUUUCGUUUCUCGCGCGUUUUCUGAAUCUUUCCAUUCCUGGCUCAGUUGUUAACAUCUUGAAGCCAGACCUCAACCUCAUUUUUCGUAACCGUAACUCUAAGUAGAAUUUCUUCUAAACAUUUGUUACUCCCUUGGCUGUUUUCGGGUACAGGUGAUGUUGAUUGUCCAAUGAUUUUUCUGUUAUUCAAUGACUGACCUCAAUUUUCAGAUAUAGAAAAAAAGUCCUCCAAGUUUGUUAUUCGCUAGCUUGUGUUGAAAAAUUAGCCAGAGGAAUUAAACCUAUCAGAAUCAAUCAUAGUUGUCCUUACUGUCUUUCCCUUUUAUUUCUUCCUUUAUUUAGGUACUAUCUCUUGCAGAGCUCAUGCUUGAUCCUCACUAUCGGACAAUAGAUGGCUUUAAACUGCUGAUUGAAAAGGAAUGGCUAGCAUUUGGCCACAGAUUCACUCACCGUGGAAAUCAAAUUGCCUCAGCACAAGCUGGAUUCACACCAGUAUUCUUACAGUUUCUAGACUGUGUUCAUCAGGUAUCUGUUUUGCUUUGAAUGAACCUCAAAGCUGUUAUAGAAAGGCAGUGCUAUAUGUACUUGAGAAUACUUUAUCAAUAAACCAUUUUCACAUUGCCACACAUUGUUUUUUAUCGAAAAAUCUUUAUGUAACAGUCUAUUCACUGCACUGGGGAUUUUUGCACAAUUAAUUGUGUAGAGAAAGUCGAGUUCAAGAAACAUACAGUACAUACAGGGUAUAACGCAGAAUGCAUCUUGUGCAAACUAUGGCAUUUUUGGCAGUCGAAACGGAAGUGUCUGUAAUUAAACAACGAUGAUGAUGAUAAUGAUGGUGACGAUGACGAUGAUGAUGAUGAUGAUGAUGAUGACGACGAUAGUGGUGGUGGUGGUGGUGGUAACAACAGUGACAAUAGUAGUGUCAUUGAUGAUGACGAUGGUUUCUAACGGAAAAAUAAUGUUCUUUCGUAGAUCAUGCUCCAGUUUCCUUUGUCGUUUGAGUUCAAUGAUCACUUUCUGAGUACCAUAGCAUACCACCAUGUUUCUAUGAGAUUCCGUACCUUCCUUCUGGAUUCUGAACAUGAACGAAUGGAGUCUGGCUGGAUGGUGGAAGAGGAUGGGAAGCCAAGAGGCAAAUCUUUGUGGGAUUACAUGGAUUUUCAGAAGAGCAGAUCACCAUUGUACAACAACUUUCUCUAUUCACCGGGUCAACACAAGGUUGGUCAUUUUACACAAAAAAGAGAAACAGAUAGUUUUAGAAAUUAAAAAGGGAAACACAGAUCGAAGUGUUGUUCGUUGGGAAGAAGGAGAAGCUUUAUCUCCCUUUUUAUUCCUCGCCCUCUUCCUCCCCGAUUGAGCCUUCAGCAAGAGAGCUUGCUUACAGGCGAGUGAAGAAUCCAAAAUUAUUUUCAUAAUCUCAGAUUCUUUGGAUUCACUAGGAUGAAAGGAAUAAUGUGUGCGUAAAUCUGGAUUUAGGUUUCAUCAAAUGUAUGCACUCGUAGGGUGAUUUAUUUUUAGAUUAAUUCCGAGUGUAUUUUUCUUUGAGAAGCGCGCUCUAAAUUGUCUAAGGAUGAUUAGCAAUAUAUAAGACCUCUAAAUAGCUAACAAGGCUGAUGUCUGUUGUUGUUGUUGUUCUUGUUGCAGGUUUUGCGGCCAUUCUGCAAAGUACCCAAUUUAAAGGUGUGGAAGUAUUACACAACAGAGAAUCUGUCAACAGGUCCAACAUACGACUUGGAGCUGAUUAAUAACGUCACGACCACCACAGAAAAUGAACAACAGAGUGGUGAUGGAAGACAGGUACUCUUUUUGCAAGAGCCAGUGUCAAUCUACUCAUCCUUCUUGUUAAUAGCGAGUUUCCUAAUAAUUUAAGGAUUUAAAGCUACGGCAAACCGACAGCAAAAACGUGUAACAUUGAUGUAAAACGAUUCGAAAAGGAAAUAUUGCGCGUUUUACCACCCACGUUGAAACCCGUAUUGCAGUAAAUCAGGUUGCUGCUUGCAAGUUUCAUGAAUACUGACUCUGGCUGGAUAAAAUUACGAGGGAGUCACUGUGUUACGUCACUUGCUGCAAAACAAGUUUACCUAACCGGUAAAACAUACAACCUGUACAAAUUUUGUUGCAAGAAAGUAGAAAUACUCUCUACUCUGUGCAACAACGUUUUGCAACCUGCAGGAGGCUGGGUUGUUGAGAGACAGGUUUGAACGUGGGUGGUGAAACGUACAUUUUUUUUGUACAUUUUUGUUGCCCGUUUUACUGAAGCUUUAGAGUGGUCAGUAUCAAAGCAGGUCUUCACAUUCAAUGUUUAAUGAUAACUAUCACUUGCUUGCGGGUUAUUUUUGGCUGGAAACCCGCUGUCACUCUCGCCCCUUGUAAGGGAAUCCAGAUUCCGGAAUCCGGGAAAUCUUUUCUUGUAAAAUCUGGAAUCUUGGAAGUAGAAUCCGGAAUCCCGCUAACAAUUGGAACCCAAAUUCCACUGAUGAAGAAUCCGGAAUCUAAUUUAUGAAUGUGUAAAAAUCGUAUAUGAGAACUGCAGGGUGAAGAAAUAUGGAAUCUAGUACCUGGGGUCUGGAAUUCAUGGCGUAGAAUCCAGAAUCCAAGACUGUCUUGGAUCCCCUCACAUGGUGCAAGUCAUUCACACGCUGUAAGACGAAGACCAAAAACGGUCAGAGGUUAUUGAGACAAUGACUGGUUUUGUCUUUAUUUCUAGGAAACGUAUGGAAGCUGCAUGUCUGGUGUCUAUGGUGACGUCACACAAUUUUCAAAUGAUGAGUGUUCAUGGAUUCUUCAAGAACUGUACAGACUAGAGGAAGAAGCAGAUCAAAAACCCAAGAAGUGGGAACAUCACUGGCACGGCUUGUCAUAUCCUCCCAGAAAGAAAUUGGUGAGCUUUAUUAAGAGACAAUACGAAGUGUUGGUGUCAGUUCACCAGGCGUAAUGUUUAGUUUAAAAAAUUCCAAAACUCAGAGCACUCCGAUCAAAGAACUCCAAUCCUGUGAUACUUCUCCCAUUUUCCAGCACUGCCGGGCAAUGGGUCAUAACAUCAACCAACACAUAAAAGUUCUAUCUGACGAAAACAACACCAUCAGUGUGGCAUCAAGGAGGCCAUUGCUAUCAAACAAAGUUGAGGACGAGGGACAGGACCUACUAGCAAUUUACAAUUCUCUCUUGGGGAUACGUAACACCUUUUCUGUUACACAACCAAACGCUUCACAACGCUGAUGAAGUUCAAACAAUUCGGACGAAAUAUUCGUUUUUUGUCUCAAAUUUUGCUCUGAGUUUUGGAAUUUUCUUUACUAAAAGAUGUAAUGUCUUCACCGGAGCAUGCGAAAAACCCUUUUGGUAAGGCAUGAAGUUGUUUCCAAGGAGCUGUGUUGUGUCUCUGUAGUACAUUCCAUGGAGAAAAGAGUAGUUAUCAACCUUAAUUCGCUAGUUGCUACCCUAGUGGAUUAAACACAUAACAUGGAACUUAAUCAGCAAUCAGCAGUUGGUGGAUUCCCAGUGUAUAUGAUACCUUCAUCCAAAUGAAUUCGAGGAGAGCAAAAACUAGAAAAAAUAGUCCCAUUUACAAGCUGAACUUUAUGGUGCCUUUCAAGAAAAAGCUCUUUUAAAAAAUAUUGUGUUUGCAAACACCCGAAAAUACAGAAAUUAUGUAGUGGUGUUGGUAAGCUGAAAGUACAGCUGUAAAAUUAAAAGGGAAAUGGAGUACAUAUACCCUUUGUGGAUUACCGGUGCUGUUUCAGUUUUCCUUUCUCAGCAGUGACCGUUUACCACAGUACUACUGGUCCCUUUUUAGCGGGGGUGGGGGGUGUCUUGGUUUUGCGGACUGGAGUCACCACCAAAUGACGUAGUACAAUACCCACAGUAAAAAACAAAAGCGAACCAACAAUGGUUUCCACAGGGCCAAUACACAAAGCUGUUUCAGUCAUCAGUUGAGUCGGCAAACUGCACAUGCGGGUAUGGCGAGAAUGCAGGAAGUGAAAGGCUGCUUGUUAGCGCGACAAUUCUGAUGACUUCCUAGCUGUCUAACAGCCACCAGAUUUUCAUUUCCAUUACUUUGCUUGUAGCCUUUGCAUUUGAACAGAAGGUGGAAUACCCAUCAACGCCUAAACCUUCACAAGAAAGGUACCAUGGAGGUCAUUCUUAAGGUAUGUCAUCUUCUUAAUCAGUAUUUUCUGCUAAUUACUGGUGCACUUGCGAAGAAAGAGAACCGGGUUUCCACGGGGAUUUUGACACAAUCCCUAGGCCUUCUGUAGAUUGGAAUCCCACACAUUUCACACGAUCAACACUACACCCUUUUCAUGUCAUUGUACUAUCUUCUAAAUUUAUUGAUGUUGUAAUUAUUCUUGGAGCAGGAGACGAUGAAAAUGUCUUGAAUCUUGUCCACGUUGGUUGGAUUCAAUUUUAUAAUGUGACAUCAACUAUAACAUUGUCAUUCCAGGGAAAGCUGCAGCUAGAGGAACGUGGAGCCCAGGGCUUCUCUCAACCGCACAACUUUGUAGCGCAUACGUUCAUGCCUCCCUCCAACUGUGAUCACUGCUAUCAGAUGAUCAUUGGGAUCUUGAAUCGAGGUAAAACAACCAGAAUCAAGAAAUAUGCUUCUAAAAUCUUAGAUACGAAAAUUUGUUGCCAUCUAAUCGGAUCGAUUAGGGUUUCUGGGAAACUGCCUACCUGCCCCUCUCCUAAGUCAACAUUAACACUUGCCUCUCACUUUGGGCAAAAUGUUGGCUGAGGGGAGGGGUAGGUGGGCAGUUUCUCAGAAACCUGAAUUGGUCCAGAAAUUCACAAAAAAAUGCUCUUUACCAUGUUAUGCCUCUGUCACUGUCACCCACUACAUCAAGUGCUGUUUGUAACCGGUUACUGUUAGAAACAAUAAAGCAACAAAAAAUUUAGUUAUUUAGGUAACUAUUAUGAUUUAGAGUGGUUUUUCGUAUGGGCAUACAUGGUACGUGGAGUCUUUAACCUGUGUUGAAAACUACUUGAAGCAUGUAACAAAAUCUGUGUAAGUUUUCAGGAUUCACGUUGUUAAUUACAAUCGUAAGUGAAAUGUUGGUACAAACCCCUGCGAACAGGCUUGUCAAAAAGCUCAUAGCUUACUUUGUUGCAUUUUGCAGGAAUGAAAUGCACAGAGUGUGGCUACAACUGCCAUGAACGGUGCCAGCCCCAGGUCCCUUGGCAGUGUAAGAAGCGAGACCUACCCGAGCAGCCUGGCUCUGGUAUGACCAAGAGCACCAUGAGCCUACCCAGUGAGGUCAGUAAUGUUUUAAUGCAUGGAUCAUUAAUUUUUCUUUUUGUCUCGUAAUGCAGAUAAAACAGCGAAAUUUCCAAGAAAGACGUGGUUCAACUUAUCGAAAUUUGAUUCUUGUAAUUUUCCUGUUUCUAGAGUUUUGGGCCCCCUUUUUAAAGCAAUUUUGUUGUGUUUCGUUAAAUUAACAAAUGGUAAUGUGAAUACUCCCACCAAAAAUUUCAAGUACUGUUGGCCAUUGUGCCUCUUCACCGUAAAUAAGAUACCACGAAAUAAAGAGGCAUGCCAAUAACAAUGAGGCAAUUGUUGUUAAUCCUGCCCCUAAAUAAUAGAGGCCUUCAGAUUCUAAGACCAGGACAAAAUUUUCUGAAUACUAACCAGUGCGCGUGCGUGAACCAGCGAGAAAACGCGAUAGCCUUCGCCAUUCUACUGCGGGUUUUAGCGAAAAUGUUGUAAUGACGGAAACAAGUUAUCAAAUGUUAGACGUUUUAUCAUUCUGCAAUCGGAAGGGGGCUCCUCCUCCUUCAAUGAAAAUAAUCGCUUAACUAUUCUGGUGAAAAAGGGGAAAUUAAGCUUUUCAGAGUGUGUAUUUUUUAAGUCCGAUACGCAGAAAAAAGUCAAAUCUCGUCCCCGAAUCUGACGGCUUCUUGUAAGCAUAGUUAGAAAUAUAUCAUAGUUGGUAACAAAGAUUUCCCGCCCUACACUUCCUUGGGGUAAUUUAUUUCCUACAUUGACAUUUCUCCUUAACAGACCGACGCAUCCCAAACUAAAAAACUUCACUGCGGCCAUCUUUAUAAGAAAGGACAUCUUCUAAGGCAGUGGAAGGCCAGGUGGUUUGUCCUGGAUACACAGAGAAAUCAGGUUCGAAGUUUGUUGUUGUUUCUUAAGAGAGGCCUAUGGAAGGCUACUUUCCAUGACGGCAGUGUUUGAUAUGAUUAGCAGCCAAUCAGAAGCUAAAAGUUCUGAGAUGUAUCCACGUGAUGAUUGUCAGACAGUAAAAAAAAACAUGCCUUUAUUGUUGCAUGGUACCGUAAAAUUCCGAAAAUAAGCCCCUCCAUGUAUAAGUCCCUCCAAAUAUAAGCCCCCCAAAAUCGUAACGCAAAAAAACCCUCCGUUAAAUCACCUCUCCGAAUAUAAGCCCCCCCGGGGGGCUUGUACUUGGAAAAUUGCCCUCUAAUACUAAGUAAAAUAAAGCAAAAAUGGUAAAUUUCCUUCCCACUACAAGCUAGCCCAAUCGAUUUUGAAACGCAAAUUUCCCUCCGUACAUAAGCCCCUCCGAAUAUAAGCCCCUCAAAAAGGGCCUUUGAAAAAUAUAAGCCUCGGGGCUUAUUUUCGGAAUUUUACGGUACCUUAUUAUGUUGUCGGACAAGUCGUCAUACUUCUAAAGUUUCCAUGCCUGUUGUUAUACAAGUGUUUCAGCAGUUUUCAUUCUUUUUGCUUCCGCUAGUAGCUGGGUCCAAUUUCUCCUUACGAACACCCCAGUAGUACAGAAGAGAUGAAAUUAACCCUUUUGGGGUUGGAAUCACAUUAAUGUCAAGAAGAAGCGAGUGUUGUAGCAGCGCGAUAUUAAUUUUUGUUUUGUUUUUUUGUUCUCUUGGUUCCAAGGAUAGCAAACCUCCUGCAAUCCCGACCAUCAUAAUGCGGAGAGCACUUUUGUUAUGUGGGCACCUGGCUCUGCAGUGUGAUUCCAAUACAACCAUUCACCUUUCAAUCCUAAUACUAAAGCGAAAAAAAGCAUAGUGCUGCUGAAGAGGUUUCGUUAACGCGAGGGAAUAAACUUAGGGCUCCGUAACAUUUGUGCAUAGGUGACUGGGGAGGUGAAAGAUCAUGAUCUCACCAGGCGUUGGUAUUACAAAAAGAAAUAACCAUGUUCGUCAAUUAUUAUGGCAAUCAAUUAGUGCAAUCAGAGUAAAACACUCCACAGCAAUAGCCCACGUUCGAUUUUUUAAACUUCUAACAUGACUCCGAGGCUUCUGGGACAAAAUUGCAAAUUUUUCGCGACUCCAUUGUCUCGCAAUUCUCAAAAGAGACUUGAACACAAAAAAACCUAACCGAACAUAGGAAAAUGAUCAGAAAGCCUCGGAGUCGUGUUAGAAUUUUUAUUAUAUCGAACGUAGGCUAUUAUACUGAUAAAAUCGUGUUCCUCACACCCUCACAAUGUGUUAAGAGUUUGAUAUAUUUGCUUUUUUUCUUUUCUUUUUUAGCUGCGGUAUUACGAUGGUGAACAUGACCAGCAUUUGCAAGGUUAUGUUGAUCUUGGAGAGAUGAUUGCGGUGCAAGCUCUCAACAGCAUUCCUCCUGGUAAAAGACAUUAUUCCUUUUACUCUGUUAAGCUUCCCUUGCUAAAAACCAGAUAAGACCGUCUUCAGUUCGACUGUUUCGCUUUUAAGUACCAAAUGAAAGUACUGCUCAAAGUUCUUAUUCAAGUGUUGAUGUAGUCCAAGCCCAGCUGUCGGACAAUCCUUGUUCAACAGGGCCACGGUAACCGGCUUUCAGUAGGAUAGCUUCCACGGGUUGCUAAGUUACAACCAUCUUGAAGGCUUAAUAAUAUAAGCAGUAACACGGAAAGAUCAUUGCACGAUAGCUCUCACUAUAAAUGGUGGUAUUUCCUCAGACAUCAAAAUCUACAAUCGUGUCACGUAACUCAAUUUUAAUCUACUGAAGGAGAUAACUACCUUGUUUAGUAAUCGUCUUCUGUCAGGUAUCAUAUCACUUCUGAUGUCUCUUUUUUUGUAGGUGCUCCUAAAGGUUCAGAAAAAGGAGCCUUCUUUGAUGUGAGUUAAAUGUUAUUUAUUGCAACAAUGUUGUAAACUAGACUUGUUUCCUUCAAAUGUCGUAAAACCAUUCUGAAAGUAAUCACUAGCCCAUCGCAACACGGUCGCAGGCAAUCCAAUCGACCGAUUAGAAGUGGCACAUUCAAAAAAGCUCAAAGCGGGAAAAAUCGUGCGUGGGAGUGACGACGUUUUUGUUUUGGCUUCUGACUGGACGAUUGAGAGUAGGGCGAUAUUUUGCGGCCAAUCACACAGCGUGGCAACUAGAGGCUGUUAAUACAACCAAACUAUAAAUUGAAAUAGAGUAGAACCUUGAUAACUCGAACUCGGAUAACUCUUAUUUCCGCCUACUCGAACUAAAUUUAAAUUCCCUUGAUCAAAAUUUUACUGAAAUUUACCCCGAUAACUCCAAAUUCCCGCUAACUCGAAUCGCUUUUCGUGUCCUUACCAGGGUUCUAGUGUUCCUAGUGGUAUUGUUAUAUUUCGUCCAGUGAUAGAGAUUGAUACUUGAAUUGCCUUUUCAUCUUCGCAUGACCCCUAUACAGGCUUGUUAAACUUGUUUUAAGUAGAACGGGAAGGCAUAAGAUUAUAACAUCAUGCAAAACCCUACUUGCAUACCACAAUGAAUAAGACCCUAGACUGUAAAGUUUUUCGUAAGAUCGUCAGGAUCGAGCGCUUACAGUUACGGGCGGACAUCUUGGUUUGAUAAGUGCAAAGGGAGCGGGUGUCGGGGUUUUUUGCGGUGGGUCAAGUUAGGUAGGUAACCUGCGAAAACAGACUUCUCCUCCCAAAAAGCCCCCCCCUUUCGCCCCCUAAGUAGAUUUGACACUCAUCCAAGAUGGACGUCCGUUACGCAAAGCACUCGAUCUCGACGGUCUUGCGGAAAAAGAGGGACUGACUGGUCUAAUAAAGACCUUUUUUAUAGUGAAAAUGUGACUUGAGAGGAAGCUUUUCUUUUAAUCCAUGGGCUCUUUGACCUUUAACAGUUAAGAACAACAAAGCGAGUCUACAAUCUCAUGUGCGAGAGUCCUGAAGAAGCUAAAAUCUGGGUGGAAAAGUUGCAAAAUAUGAACGUUUGAUGUGCUGCGACAGAUACGAGCUACUCCAAAUUACAAGCUUCAUCAACGAUAUGAUAAAGAAUCCACUUCUGAUUUAUGUCAUUGAAAUAAGUUCCAGUUCAAGAGCAGUUCAAGGGGAAAUGUUAUUACGAAAGGACAGUACAGUAAGCCAUAAACAAAGUACACUAGAACCCAGUGAGGACAGAGUACUCAAGACAGGAAUCUUUCAGCUUUGCUUUUUAGAUCUCUCCACUAUGACAUUCAGACAGGAAGUCAGGGACAUUUCAGUUAUGCAAUUUUGGUUAACGCAAGAGCAUCUGUUGUACUUUUAUGUAUCGUCAACAGCCAAGCGUAUAGUUUAUCUACACAUCACAAGGUCAUUGUGGCAGUUUUGGGAACACACAUUGUUUCCUAAUGGUAGAUGGUGUCACAGUUGCGUAAAGAUAGGGAAGACCAGCAUUGCUACAAGUCGACCAUUUCACUUUGUUCUUUUGUUUUUUUCGUUCGUUUCUUAAGUUUUUUAUAGCCACGGUGCCAACAAACUGCAGCAUUUUUCAUUAUUUUUCCUUUUAGUCAAUUCCUUAUCGUGUCUGAUUUUGGAAAAUCAAUUAGAAUUGUACAUUUUAAUACUCUUUGGAACCAUAUGUAGUAGCACACAGUAUGAUAAGAUGGCAUUUGGAUUAGCAGAUACACAUUUCCCAGUUCACGAUACUUUUGAACUAAGUCAAGAAAUCGUGGAAAUUUUUAAUAAUAAUGGCUGGUGGAAGAAAUGAUUGAAUGGUUUCCGCAGGUCAGAAAUAGCAAUUUUAGAUUAAUUUAGUGAAGUGAAACGUUAUAAGAGAUUGAUAUAUAAUUUUUAACCUUGUGAGAGAUUUUAACAAGAUAGAUGCAAUGUUAAGCUUUGUAUUUAUGAGAGUGAAUUUGCUGGGAUAAGCGAUACUUCUGCGUUCCGUGUCUAAACUGCUCUCGUCCCCUGUGAAAAUUUUAGAGGUGAGAAGGGCAGGUGAAUCCCUUAAAACCCCAAGGAUUCUCCAGAGUUGCGUGGAAACGCAACUCUAGAGAAUCCUUAGGGUUUUAAGGGAUUCACCUGCCCUUCUCACCUCUAGUUGUAACGAUUUAGAAUAGUUUAAAUGGAACUGCUGUACCAUAGUGGUGUAGGCAAUUUUUUGUUGUUUUGCCGAGACAAACUGUAUUAACGCUGAGCAGAUGCCAUUUUUCCUUGUUCGUUUUCCAUGCCCUUAUCUAUGAAAAUUUCAAGGAUCUCU